GCAAUCGAGCGCGAUCAACUCGAACAGUCAGUGAGCAAACAAGGGAUAGGAAGCAAGAUGGCAUCUACCGAUCAACCUGAUCCACCAACACAGGUGUAGAUUUAUGUCAUUUCAGCUUUCAUCUCUUGAUGCCUGUAAAACAGUACAUUCAUGUCGUGUGUUAGUGUUUUCAGACCCAUGGUUUCUCCUAAGUUACGGUUGUAACUGGUCAGCUAGUGAGGGUUAGCAUACCUGCUAAGAUAGCAUGCUAACUCCUGCAGCGUUUCAAAAGUUGUCUUUCGGACAAGCUUGAGUUUACAAGUGGACAUAAAGAGCCGAGCUGACACUUUAGUGCGUCCACAUGUUGCUUAUCUGGUUGACUAAUGUUUGCUAUUUACCUCGACUAUAAGUCCGUGUAUGCAUUUGAGAUGUUACUUAGCCCUCUGUGUUUUGUUAAGAUUAUGGGGUAAGGUCAUUGUUAGCCCUACAAACUUGUACCUGUGUAACUUCCUCUCGGACCUGUGUCACAACGGGCACUGGUCAUCCGCAGAAAGUAGACUGUACGAGAAGUCUGGGCUCAUAUUUGCAACAGAAGUUCGACACACUCGCACUCACGCUGCCAUGUUUAUGAUACUUUGAACCCAUGUCAGCAUGCUGUACAUAAUGUGCUCUUCAGCCUCCAAGUUUGCAUGGUUCAUAAUAACCCAUUCAGAAGUUACAUUUGUUGUAAAACCCACAUAAUCAAAGAAGCAAAAGGGGAGAAUACGAAAAGGACCAUAUCCAUGAUGGCUAUUGAAUGUUAACAUUGUCCAAACAGUUUCCUAAACCGUGGUUAAAACUAUUUACUGUACAGUCAUUACACUCAAACAACACCAGACAGUAGCCAUCCAAGACUUGAGACCAUGUUAAGUACUUGUUUUGAAAUUUUGUAUGAUUAUUUUCAUAUGAAGUAAGCAUUCAAUGAAACAAAAAUAAAGGUCUGAAGUAUUACAAAUCGACAUUGUACAAUUUACUUGUAUUUAGGUGUUUCAAGAAACUGGGUCAGCAGCUAAACAACAACAUAUUUGUUAGGAGACAGAAAUGUUACGUUUCUCUUUCCUAUCAUACUGAAAAGAUGUUUGUGUUAUGUGUCUUUCAACUUUAGAUUAUUUUUUUUUAGUGUCUUUAGGUUUAGUUUAGGUUAUUUUUCAGCAGGAUUAAUAAUUCAUUCACAAAUAUCUGCAGGAUUAAUAAUGUAUAGAUAGAUAGAUAGAUAGAUAGAUAGAUAGAUAGAUAGAUAGAUAGAUAGAUAGAUAGAUAAUGUCACUCCUAGUUAAAAAAAUCUGUUCCUGUAUUAAACCAGCAAAGCCUUUAUUUUCCACUAGAUGGCAGUCUAAUACAAGAUAUUUCUUUCUUUUCUCAGCCUGUCCCUCCACCUGGAGAUGUUCCGGCAGCUCCUCCUAGAGAAGCAUUGGUAAGAAACUGUUUUACUGGAAUAACUAAGAAACAACCUUUUCCCUAUUUUAUUUUAUUUUAUUAGUCUGUUGCUUUGCUCAGAUUUAGCAACAAGCAAAAAUAUCAGCUACAGCAACAUAUUCCACCCACAGCUCUACCACAAAGUCGACUUUUUAUUACACUUUUAAAAUAAUGUCAUUUAGUAGACACUUUUAUCCAAAGCAACAUACUCUUCAGAGCAAGAACAACACAAGCGAAGAUCUACACAAGAGUAGCAAGAGCCACAAAGUGCUCCAGGUCCUUUUAGACGCAGGUACUGCCAAGCAGUGUUACAGGCAAUGCAUAAAGUGAAUAAAGGUUUUUUUUUUUUCAUGAAGUCGACAAUUUCAGGCACAUUAAUUUAUGUAGCAUAUUCCAUUACACUACUACAUCUUCAAUAAUGAAUACAAAGAACAAUAAUCAACUCUCUGUUUAUGUCAACAAAAAUGGACAAAUGUUCAUAAUGUUCUGGCUCUUCUUCUGUAUGUAGAGAAAAACUAUAUGUAUUUUCUUUUGACUUGAACGAGUUUGCCCUCACCUCUUCAUUAUCUAAACUUUUCCCACCUGACUUUUUCCUUCCUUCUUUUUAAAUAUCACUCAUUUCUCCUGUGAGAUCAAGUGUUAAAAGCAUCCAAUUAGCAAAAAGUAACUUGAGCACUAGACUGAUGUCCCCCCGCCCAUAAUGAGAGUGAACUUGUCUUAGCAGAGCACAAGGAUUGGAGGACAGAUUUUAUUCUAUCAGAGUAGUUUCAGGAUUGCUUUAAUCAUGCCACGUGUGCCCUGACGUACCAGUUCAGUUAGAGGUUCUGCAGGAUUGUUUUUCAGUCUGGAUAAUGACCUGAGAUGGGGCAAAACUUAUCACAUACAGGUUUGCAGAUAGUCUUCAGACACUUAAAGAGGAAAAGUGUAAAUAAAGUUAAACUAUAAAAACUUAUACACUUUUGAAAAAGAAAAUGGUCCUGGAUCAACUUUCCAUACUUGAUCCUGGAACAUUUUUCCCAACAAAACAAAGUCGACCAAUCACAGCCUGCUGACUUCAUCACUGGGAUGAGCUCGUGCUUCAGACAAGGUUUCUUUUUGCUAAGAUUAUUUUUAAAAGUCAGUGCAAAUGACAAAUCAUGAACAAUUUUUUGUCUUCAAUUUUCAUCUUUAUAAUCUUGUACUUGACUACAGCUGGAACUGAAUGAAUUCUGACAGGGUUGGUGAGUUAGCUGGUUAACAAAGUACAGCUUACUAUCAGUAAAAGUCUUUCUGGUGAGCUGGGUGUUGUUCACUUUGUAGUAAAGUAAGCGAGCAGCAGGUAUUACACCAAAAACAGUUUUUCUAAUUCUUCUGCCUACAGCACUCAAAGAAAGUUUCCCUGAUCAUUCUUGUAGAUGUAGUGUUAAAACAACUGAACAUUUGCAAAUAUUCGCAGUGCUGUUAUAUCGUUAUGUUUAGUUCCAGCUUUCACAUUGCAGUUGUUGAAAUAAGAUGAUUAAUUUUCACUAAUUGUUGAUGUUCAUAGGUGAGACAGCUCUUAAUUUUGAAGAAACAAAAGUUUCCGUUCAGCUGACGGGCACAGAGGUUUAUGUGCCUAAAAGUUGCAGAAGUUGGUCGGUCAAAUCUUAAUACAAAGUAAUCACAACGUUUUAUUUCUGUUUAAAUAAAGUGUCUAAAAAAAAAAGAUAAUUCAAGUGAUGAUAAUGAUCAUAGCCAGGACUGUCUUAUCGCUAAGUGAUAUGAAAUACAUCACAGGUACAUUCACUGUCCUUGUGUGGACAACACAUCCAGGUUGGAGCAGUGCUGCAUUGUUCAGCCUACAUGUCUCAAUGUCAUUCACCACCAUUCACUCUUCAUCCUCCCCCCAUCAUCCCUUCAUGCCAAGGCUAAUUUAAUCCUGGGGUUAUUGAUUGUGGGAGCAUUCUCCCAGGCUUUCUUUCAAUUUACUUCAAUUUCAUCAUCCCACUGCGCUUCAAGACUGCCUCCUCAAAAAGGGAAGAAAUUCUUGUUAUGAGGGUCCUGAUUCGAGACUGGUUGACAAGUCUCCCCCACCACCAUCACUUCCAGCCCUUUUUUUCUCCUUUCUCUUUUUGAUGAGCUGCUCUUUCCCAGUUAAGUGGAUUAUUACAGUAGGGAUAAUUCUUGUCACAUGGCAUUAUUUGGAUGAGGUGAAUAAUUGAAAUUUGUGUCUGAAAGGAUUUUAUCUGGAUGAGAGGAAAGGGAGUGCUGGCAGGGUUGGGAGGGUAGAGAGAGGGAGAGAGAGAGAGAGGGUGCACACACAAUUGCAUUGUACAUUUAUGUGCACAUGUGCAUGUCAGACAAACCAGUGUGUCAGGCUGGGGACACCAGUCAUGUUAACAGGUUCUGACUCACCUCACCCAGAUCAGCAGGCCCUGGCACAGUGCACGGCGUGGGCUCUCCUCUGUGGCAAGAGGGCCCAGCUCAGGGGCCAGUGCCACAGCCUCUGCCCCCCUCCAGGCCAGGGGGGGCAGUCUGGACCUGCAGUUGUAGAGAGAGGGACAGAGAGAGAGGAAGAGAGGAAGGGUGGGAGAGACAGUGUGAGUGUGUGUUCCAUAGAUGACUGGUAUCCCAGCCUCUGCCAGCCGCUGCUGUUGCCUCUGGCUCUGCUCUUUGCUCACUCUCACCCCAGCCUGGUCUCUCUUCAUCUACACCCCCCCAACACACGCACACAUGCACGCAUGCCUUUAACCCUUUACCACCCUCUCUCUCCCCUGUUUCUCCCUAGUCUUUGUGCUUCCCUCAUGCACUGAUACCCUGCUCUCACCCCUCAUCUCAUCCAUUCAGUGUGGACCUGCUGAGGUCAAAAGUUCUUUUAAACAUUUCAAAACAAGAAUAACUGUGAAAAUCUUCUCAGUCACAGGAUCAGAUCAGAAAGCAGGUCGACUUUACAUUGACAAGUGGUAGGCAAAACUCCUGCAAUACAAAUAUUGUAUGUCUAGUGUGUAAGAUCAGUACUUUAACUAUAAGAUUAAUGUAUCACUCUUUCCUAUUUGGGUUGCAGCGUCACUUCCUCUGACCCAGUGGCACUAAUCCUGAUCUUUACUUUGAAGGGCAUUUCCAUUCAUUCCAAGUCACCAAACCUGAAGUGCUAAGUGUUUAGUUGAGUUUGAGUUGAGCCCUUAUUAUUUGUAUACAUUAUUUCCCAUAAGAAGGACUGCUGGCCACACCAAAGAUGCCACACCUUAUUUACUAACAUUAGAUUCUGACUGAUCUCAUCAGCAUGUUUAGAAAUCAAAAUUAUCAGUAAAGCUGUAGUGGUGUAUAUUGUGAAUAAAUGAGUUCCACACCUCUCAACAUGGAGAUCGAUUCACUUGCAGUGGGAUCAUUGCAGGUGUCGAAUUCAGUCAAAAAUACCUGCAGCCAUAAGCUAGGAAGCAUAAUUUACACUGACCAAACAUCUUUGACCUGAUGGAUGAGUGUGCAGUUGCUAACACUGCACUAAACCUUCUAACAGGAACAUAAUCAACAGUUGAAGUGGGUUAGCUAGCUAUAGUGUCUCACUUGCUUACUUUUCUGGAUGCUUUUUAAAACGAUGUGCGUUAAAGUUGAACUUUGGUCCUGUCCUUUCCUCCAUAUUUUUUAAAAUUACAUAUGAAACAGAAAGCAUUUCUUUUGUCUCUUUGAGUGCAAAAUACACAAUUUCCAUCAGGUUGAAUCGGGUUGAAUGAGAAUGGACUUGUGUAUUUGAUUUGAGGUGCUCAGGGAUUUUCCUUUAAUACAAUAUUGUAUACAGAAAGCACAUAUGUAAGAAAUAUUGAUGUUCUGAGGAUCUGGAGCUUCUGAAACCAAAGAGAAAUCAGAAUGUUUGACUGGUUGGGUGACUUAGCUGAAAAAGUGAGUCUUGUUGAGUCACAGAAUGUAUUGAACGCAGUAGAAAAGAACAAGAAUUUCAAUAGAAAAAAUGUAAACAAAGUUGCUUGUAUGCUGGUUACAUGUUAACCCAACCAUUACAACAUGUAACCAGCACAGGCAUGUGGAUGUUGACCUGCAAGUAGGCUUGAAGGCUGGGGUUGCUAGCUCUGCUAACAUUAACCACAUGCAGCAAAUUGAUUCGGCAUCAUAUACCCAUAGACUUUCAUCCUAAUUCAGUUCUGUUUUCUGAGUUUUUUCUUACUUGGGCUCAUUGGAAUUGAAAUUUUACUCAAGCAUUCAUUCAUAUAUCAGGAUAUCUGACUGACUGAAGAGUAGGCCUACCCUCUGGUUCACCUUUUUCAUGUGAUAUCUGCCACCAUGAGGAGUUAAGAAGUAGUGACAUGGUGAGUCAAGCUGGCAGGAAAAGCUUCAUGGUAGUUUCAGCUAAAAUACUUUUUAUAAUUAGGACCAACAUGGAUAAUUGUUUCACACAAGUUGGGAUGAAAAUGUAUCUUCAUGUCGCUAUGUUAUUCCCCCCUGCAUCAUCCUAUCAUAUUGUACUGUAUAAACUUAGUAUCACGAGUUAUCCUGCCAUACCCACCCUUAAUAUUGACAUAAUUACACAGAAGAAUGUUGUGGUUUUUGGUCUGAAAUUGUUAUAAAUUUAAUUAAAAUGUUUUUGUCCUCAAGUUUCAUGGCUGUUGCAAGUUAUUCAAAUUUUAAAUUUAUAACCUAAAACUGUGAUGACUGAUUUGAUCAGCUAACUGAUUCUUUUUUAAUCAAAAAAAGCUGGAAUUUAGUUCAUUAUCUGUUCAUUUGCACAGUGUUUUUUAAGAUUUGUGGUUAAAUAGCAGUCUUGAAAUAUCAUAAUAUGAAAAAAAGGCCUUUUAGCUCAGUCUACAAACCCUUGUUUUGUCUGAUUGUUUGUCCUGUCAUUUGCUCUCUGCAGGCUUACACUUCAUAGCCCCAAACAUGUGGGGAUGCAAGCGGUUUAUGUGUGCAGGAGUGUGCAGAUGUACCAUUUGCACACCUCGGUUUGUGCAAAUGUAGAUUUAACUGAGUGUGUGUAUGUGUUUGGGUUUGUGGGUUUUUGCGCAGCAAAGGGAGGGUGGUAAUGGGAGGGGAAAAAGAAUUGUAAGAAGAACAUCCCCGGUCUCACAGCAACUUCAAAAGCUCCUCUUCCCCAGGAUAUUAAGCGACUGUGAUGAAAAAUUUAGCAAGCGUUAAAUAAGCCGCUUUGAAGUGAUCUGUUUUGGCUCAGCAGUCUCCAAAUUUCCGUAGCCCCACUGCAAUAGCCACCGCACGUCAGAGGGGGGAAGGAACAGUGUGAUAAGUGCAGGAGUUGUGGGGGACCUGGCAGGUUGGAAAGCAGUCCAGCCAGUGUGCUACUGUUCCCCUUUUUCUCUUUCACUGCUUCUUUUUCUCCUCAUUUCACCUCUCCCUUCCUGACUGCUCCUCUGCUGAUCCCUGUGAAGCAGGCAGACAGAUGUUCAUCAUAUGUUCCCUCUGAAUUUUUUUUUUUUUAUCACUUGUGCGUGGGUGUAUCACAAAUGUAGCACAGUGGUGAUACCAGGAAGUCAGAGGUUAUGCUGGGGUUCAUGACUCAGCUUUUUUUUUAAGUCUUGAAUGGCUCUCCACAUGGGGCACAUGUUUGUGAAAAAACACUCUCUGAAAAACAAUCUGCGCGCCUCUCUACAGGGUGAAAUAUCCUGCACUAUUUAAAAGAAGGAAUUUAUUACAUUCUAAGUGAUUUGAACCUUUAUGCAUUUGCACCACCAUAAAGCAAAAGUAACAAGAAGUUAAUCUGUUAUUUGAUAAUUCAUAUUUCAAUCCAUUUCACAUUCAUCACUUUUAAACCCAUUACUUUAAUUUUGGAGGACUCUUGGUUUCAACAUGCUCCAAAUUAAUUAUUAGGGCAGAAUAAGAAAUGGGAGUCAGUAAUGAGUCUGGUAUGGUAACUCUAUUCUGUCAAGAAACAGGGCUACCAUUUAGCUAGUCAAGGGAACCUUCUGUGAGAUUUUCCUUUUUUCCUCUUUGCUCAUUACUUUAAUUGUAAUUGUAAUCCUUUAUUGGAGCUGUCUGCAGUAAAGGAGAGUUAUGGUCCGAGUGGGGGCGCGAGCCAUAGUGAUAUUUCAUGAUUAUUGGAGAAGACGGUCACUAGGUGGCAGCCACUAGUUCGGCCUCGCUGUAAUUACUGAGUGGGAAGUGAUGGCGAUGAAACUGUGUAUGGGUGUGCGUGCAUGCAAGGGUGUGUGAAGAGAGAUUUCUGAUUCUUGCGUGUCUGGAACGAGAAAAGUCGAAUAAAUCUGAACACCUGCCGUUUCCGGGACAACAUCCUGUCACACUGCUUUAUGGGAGCAUGGAGAAAAAGCACCAUAAAUCAUUAUAUUUCUUGUUUUUAACUUCUGAUGAGUUCACUUUGUUUGGAUGUUUUCUGUACGUAUAUAUGAGUGUGGGUUAAUGUAGUGAAGAUAUUGCAUCAGUGCUGUUCUGUCGGCCCAUAGGUUUGCAUGUGACACAUCUGCACUCUUCAGUCUGUUUCAGGGGUCAUGCUGAAGAUUUCUCUUUGCUCCAAAAGACGCUCUAUUCUCUGUUUUCUCAGCAUAACACUCAUUGUGCAUCAUGCGCUGUUUGUUUCGGUGGUUAAUGAUACAGGAAGGGCCCUCCAUUUUAUUGUUGCUGUGUUGCACUUUUUCCCCUCCUCGCCCAACCCUGCAGCUAGCCUCCUUAGAGGACUCUGUAUGAAUUCUCACUGUCAUGUCCAAGGACGAGUGGCGCAGGGUCAGCUAAUUGCUUUUAUGAUUAUGAUUUCACGUCAGAUUUAUCGUGCAUGCUCGGAGCACAUCUUCCAGGUCCUGCCGACGUUGCUGGCUCAGAUGGGGAAAAUGAGUUUACAGCUUCUGGCUGUGACUUCUUGUUUAAGUGCAGGUCACACUUUUUGACUCAUUAGAGUUGAACGCAGGGGGGUGAAUCACACAGGCUUUUCCUGUAAAAGCCUCUGUUUUCUAUGUCAGUAACUGUGCUUGUUUUUCUCAGAUUUGGCCACAAAGGAGCACUUCUUUACUUUGUCUUUAACAUGUGCUGAAGUUUGGAGGUCAUGAGUGAAGAAUGACACAGACAGAGAUUUUUGGUUUUUCUGCCGUUUGAACUUUUUUACGAGCCAUAAAUCUCUCAUCCUUGUUUCUGUUCGCAGAUGAAAUCAUUACUCUUACUCUCCUCAUGGUAUGCCAGAAUUAUCAGUCGACUUCUUUUUGAUGUUGGUGACUUUUUUUCCCCUCGCGGUUCCUCCCAUUGCUUUGAAAAUGAUGCGCACAGAUGAGUCCAACCCAUUUUAUACAUUUUAUUUAUUUUGUGGUUUCUCUGUCAUGUGCAGAGCCGGACCAGAUCUGCCCUGACAAUGACAUUUUUAUCUUUGAUUUUGAGAGGUGCUUUGGGAAUCUUUUUUAAUUCACUGUAAAAUUCAUCAUAUGUGAACUAGAAGCUGUUGUUAGUGCAUGCCAAUAAUACACAUAUUUUAUGUAGAUAGGGUUUCAUGUCAUGACCUGAGGCUCUUGAUUUGUAGCAGUAAUCUGACCUCCCUGUGACCCUCUUGGCUGGGCCGCAGUGUGACUCGUGACAGAUGCAGCCUGGGAAUAUGGUUUUGAUAGUUGUCCAAUGCUCAGUGGAAUGUUUAAGCUAGUUUCACGCAAAGUUCAUUUUGGAGACACAUGUAAAGUCUGUGAUUAAGCUGAAUUCAAUAAACUUUAAUGAAUACUUAGGACUUUAUUUGUAGGGUUUUUCGUCUCAGCAAGUAUAUUAAUGUAAACGGCAUGGUAACAGAGCUGUAAUUUCCUAUUCUCCCACAAUUUAGUGAACUGUCAUAAUAUGUUUACUUAAGAAAUGACAGAAAUACGACACCAGUUUAAUUACAGCGUAGUCAUUUUGCCUCAAUAUACUUGGGAAAGUGGCCUUAUUGAGCUGAGCUUCCUUUCUACUCUCUAUUCUGCUUUGUAAUUACUUCAGCUUGAUUUAUUGUCUUUUCUUUGUGUUUAUGGUUGUAAACUGCUCGAGUGAGUAACUUGGUCUGAGCGUGGCUUGUCUCCUUGCAGCGAGGCUGGAAAUCUCCCGAUGAAUCUGAGAUGUCUCCGCUGUCAAGACUGCUCACAUCGCUCUCAGCCUCCAAUGUCACUUUCAAGGCAUAAUUACACAAGUUGUGUUGAUUAGUAUGAGAAGCAAUUACGCGAGCUUUCCGCCGCAAAUGGAGAAUGUGAUGGCUCUUGAUUGACAGGAAGCAUCCUAGCUUUAAUAAGUAAAUGACUAUGGUAAUUCAGGUGCUGAGACCCUUUGAUUUGUCAGCAUCUUUCUCAUUUUUGUGAUGUCCUCUGAUUUUAAUGAACAUGAAUUUGAUUGAAUCCCCCUUCAUUUCCCCCGUCUUGGCGUCUCUCUUCCCUCUGACCAGCGAGUGUUCUCAUGAGAGAACCAUAUGCUCCAGCUUCCACAGCUUUCCUCAAGAAUCUUGCUGCUGCUGAAGCUGAAUGAUGUCUCCUCUGAAUCAUUUUAGAGUGUGAAAAUGGAUAAAAAGAAAAAAAAGAAAAGAAAUAAAUGAACAACAUUGCACACUAUUCAAAAUGCUUUUAAAGCACACCAUGCUUUCACGAGUGUGAAAAUCAGAGGAAAAAUUAUUUGUAAUUGACACUUUGGGGAACAUUUUUUUCUCUUUUUAUCUUGCUUCCCAGUAAGUUAUUAGCUGUUAAUUUGUCGGCAAGCUCCCCUACAGCGCCAGAUAUUUGUUCAAAUGCUGGGAUCCCCUCAGCGCAUUUGUAACUACACUUCUGAAAAUGCUGCCCUGUCUAAUUAUGCAAUGUAAUACUGCCUUUUAGGCAAGUUUCUUUUAAUUGAAUAAUAUUAGUUCUUGCUGAAAGUGAGCUAUUGGAACAGCAAUGCUAAAAAUAGCUCUCUAUAAUGUGUAAAAUCCACAGUAGUCUUGUGUAAAAUAUCGUCUUCAUUUAGCUCACUUUAUAAGUCCUAUAGAUCUUAAGCUUUUACACUAAGAUUAUUGUACUUGAGAUAUUUGAAUUAGGGCCAAACAUUUAAAUAAUCCUGAAAUUUGAUUGGCCCAACUCUGAGUCUCAUAUUUCUUUCUUUGUUAACCACAGUUGGCCUAAUCAAGUAAUUCCCUGUUUGUCUUAGUAACCCCCUAUAGAGUCAUACAUGCAUAAAUAUAAUAAAAUAAUUUGCUCUUGCACUCCCUAGCCCAGCUGUAAUUUAUAUGGAUUGAAUGAGUGCUGCAUUGUGGAAAAGCACGAGUGGACCAAAUGCUCGUUUGUCACCUCUAAUAAAUGUUGGAAUGUAAAUUAUGAAGUUAUGCUUCAGAUGUAAAUGCACUUUAUUCCACUCCUUUAAUGUAAACAGCCCACUCCAAUACAUUAAGGGUGGUUGGGGGAGGGCAGAGGGGGAUGUGACUUGGAAUUUUGACUGUUUUCACAAUCAAUAAUAAACACAAAAGAGCUGAGAUGGGUGAGCGUUAUAACAUAUCUGAAGUCGGGUUCAUAAAUUAUUGCAUGAAAGCAGGCUUGUACACCAAAAAUGUAAAUACAUUAAUGUUAUUAAUAAUGUAGUGACUAAUAGUUCUAUCAAGACUGUAAUAGCAGUUUAAUGGAAUAUGACAGCAAGAAUGUAUUACACUUCUUACAUUUAGACGGGACCUCACAUGACAUUUAUCAGGGAUUUCUGAAAUAAUUUUUUUGAUUAUUUUGUUAAGUUAAUUGCUUCUUUUCCCCCCAACGUCUUCUCUCAGAGAGGGGCAAAAAACUGGUAAUGGAUAUUAAUUAAUAUGUGUCAGUUUUCUGGGUUUGAUUAAAAAUAAUGAAAGCAAAAUGCUAAUGGGAUUUCAGAGUUUCUCUGUGUGUGGCGCCCUGAGAUUGUGGCUUUAUCUGAGGAAUCUGGAAAAAAGAGAUAAUGGGCUACUCUAGACUAAAAUGAAAGUGACAGAAAACAGGAACUGAGAUAAAUUAUCUUAAAACCCGCGAAAAAUAGAGCACUUAAAUGAAGAUUCUGCACUCCAAUUAGCCCAGCUUUAGAUGCUUGAUACGGCAGUACAGUACACUGACUGCAAACUGUAAAGUUUCAGUGUGUUAUAAUGAGAAGGCCUGCGAUUCAUCUCCGUCUCUCAGAAUGACAUCAUCCACACCUGCAGGAGUUUCAUUUCUGAGAAAGAGAAAACUUGAACCAUUUCUGACAAGUUAGCGCGCUGCCUUUGGGCCAUGAUGUGUUCCUAGUACAUGGUUGUUAGCGAGAAAGAGGAUAUAUAGACUUGUUCCAGAAAAUUUACAAAGCCUGUAUUUGUUUUUCAUGUGUUUCUUGGCUUUUCAUCUAAAUUAAAUGUUCCACAUGUCUCAUGAAAAUGAAUCCACUUCCCUUGGCAUUGAUUAUACUGAGACCUGUGCGCUUUCAUCCAUAGUCCACUCCAGUCAGCAUGGAGAAGGCUUGCCAAUACUUCUUUGUGUCUGUGUGCAGUGUUCAGCAGAAACAGGACUUUUAAAAGCUAUCAUUAAGGUGGGGCACAAGUGUAGACCAGCAUUGAAACAGAGGCUGGCACAGUAAAAAAGCAUCCAUAGCCACUGGCACAACUGACAAUUAUCCAACACCUGGACUGGCUCCCCUCCCUGUUCUGUGCGUCAACACUCUUGACUUCUUGUUAAUGCAGUGAUUAACAGGAAGAUUGCAUUUGUUUUCGUAUGCAGCUCUCCUGGCAGCAGUACUUUGCUUUCUCUUUGAUUAAAAUAGUCGAUGGAUGGAUGCAUUGUGGCUCUGCCAUAAACUUCAAAAGAAAGGGUGAGAGGUAGAUAAGAGAAAGCAGGGGAAAGCUAAGGCCAGAUGGUUUACAGGAAAAUUUAAGAUUUUAAAGGAGUUAAAGAGGAAGGAGCUCACAUCCGUUGGUUCUCUCCAAAUAUGGGUAUCAGAUUUUAGUAUGUCUUCCCAAUAACUCCCUGUUUGUCUGUGUUAUUUACUGCCACUACGUGACUCGCCUUCUGUCCACCCCUCUUCACGGCCACGGGACUAUGUCAUUGUUUUCUUCCCUUCUUUAACUGUGUGCAGAGUAGUUUUAAGUAUCAUGGAGACAAAAAAGGAGAAGUGAAGGGGCUUCAUCAAGCAGCUUGUACUUUUGAAAUGCAGAGAGUGGCAUUGUCAUGUGUUUACUGUGUCAAGGUCGACAGAAAAUGUCAGAACAGGUGUGCGUCUGCUGCUGAGCUGCUUGCCAACUCAGCCCCUUUGCUGUAACACGCCACCCUGUGUGACAUUAUAGUGCUUCACUGUGGGUUGUCUCCUCCACUCUUUCUUUUGCAGGAGCCUGGUAAAACAUGUAUUUUUUCCCGUCACCACGUGAGUUGAUGUAGAGUUCAGUUGGGUGUUGACGCCUUCAAUGUGACCACUGCUCCUAACAUAGUCGCAAAAAGUAUGGGUGCUGUGCAAGAUUGACUUGCAACAUUCCUUUCUGAUUACUCCUUUUUUUUUGUUCACUUCUGGUAUUUUGAUCUGCUUAAUUCGUCCCGUUUUAGGAGGCUAAUCCAGAGUGAACCCUGUUCCUGUCGAUAAAUUAUUACUGAUGGCCUCCCUGGAACAAAUUAGUACAAAAAGUUCCUCUUUAAAAAGACACCGUCUGAAGGAUAAAAGACAUUUUAAAGAGGUUUUUAAUGUGUGAUCUAAUGUAUGGAGCUGAAAAGGUAAAAGUAUGUGUUGUCAUUUUCGUUCUGCAUCAGACAACCAUGUUGCAAAACCUGAAAUUUCUGUCUGAACUUCUUCAAAGAGGUGGAUUUAUUUUUAGGUGUGGCAUGUAUAAACUAAAUGUCAAACAUACUUUUGUCACUUCAUGACAUUAUGCCCAUUGAAACCUUCAGUGUGUAGACUGAACUGGUUCAGAAAGGUUGAAAUGAGGAAUUAUGAUUCGAUCUGACGAGCUGUCGUGUUUGCAUCCUCUCUGGCAUCAGGGUAAAAUGAGAAGAAAGAAUAACUGCUACUUCUGUGACCCUGAUGAGUGUUGUUUUCUGAUGCUGUCAGCACCACACUCCGUUCAUGCUUCUCCGGCUCUCGAGGUUAAAUUCUUACUGGCAGUUGGAAGCCUCCAGAAAAGGAGAAUUAGCCAACAUUUUUCUUUGUCACUUAGUGUGAUCAGGAACAGACUCUGCCUGCUCUCUUUCUCCAACACCAAAUGAAGGUCUACUGCCUUAAGUUUCCUCCCUUGGUGGAUAGUGAUUUCCGUCUGACUUAUCUGCCACUGAAGAUGUGUGGCCCAUUGUCUUGGCAAGUGUGUCUAAAUGUUUCUGACAGGUCUCAGUGAAAGACAGGCCGCAAGGGUAAACUGCCAGGCUUUCUUUCCCCCUUUGACUCCUCACGUACCACUCCUGACCAGUAGAUGGCGAUGUUAAUCUUCUCUGGCUGCACUCCUGCUUCCAUGCGUCUCUCUUAACGCCGUCCUUCUCCUCUCCCUUCUUUCCUCUGUGGCACUCGCAGAGGAAAGACAGGUCUCACCCCGUGUGGAGGGUCAUGCCACCAAUUCCUGGCCCCCUUUGAAGACCAUGAAAUUGCUGAUCCAAGACGCACGAUUAGUGCAUUCAGCCUAUUGACUGGAGAAGGGUUGACGCACGAUUAUAAUGUCAGUGGAAUGUCACAAUCUGUCUGGUUGUCUUUGUGAGCACACACUCAUCCGAUGGCACCGUGUACCCAAGACGGAAUAAUUUGAUCAAUAAAAGGACACCUCGCUCUCUAUUGUCACUGGCCUCUAUUCUAGUUUUAUUAGUUAAUUUGGCAGGCUGGAAGGACUGCACACAACUCGCUGCAUCUUCAGCUUCUGUACUCUGUUUGCCUAUCACUGUGGUUCACUUUCAAGUUGCUACUCUGUGUUUGUGCAUGAGCAUGUGUGUGUGCAUGCAUGCAUGUGUAUGUGUGUGUGUCUUUGGGUGGGUUCUGCCUCGGUCAGAGGAGCAGUUUGGAUCUACAGAGGAGGAUAGGCUUGUCACUGUAAGUUGCUCAUGACGGAGGCAGCUCCUCUUUUGACACCACAACACAACUUCUGUGGUGUGUCGCUCGGACACAAGCUCCACGUUGUUUGCUGCUGGUGCCGCUUGCGUUUUGCCUCAAUCAACUAAUUGAAUGUGAAAGGCUUGCGGGCCUUGAUGAUUUGAAGGACAACACACAGAGCAGUGGCACUUUUAAGAAUAGCCUUUGUGUUCUGUUUACGCGAGUGUGGCCACUUAACUUCUGCUUAAUUUAUGUGGGUGAAAGAACUCUGAAGUGAUUUAUACACACCAGGUUAUUGUUGAUAAAGUUAGUAUUGAAGGAUGUGAAUAAUAAUUUAGUCUUUAUUGUCCUCUGUACAUUUUUGAAAAUGUAAAUGCUAAUAUUAGAAGAUGAAAUAAGUGGUGUUUAAAAGAUUUCUGGGAUCUUUAUAGAGACAGACAAUGAAGUAUGAACAAAGUUUUUUAUUUACACACUUCUUUUUUUUAAUACAAAACUUGUUUAACAAGUGUCAAAUAAAAAAAAAAAAUGGAAACACUUAACUCAUAAUUUGUUCUUAAAGAUCUCUUAGUAACCAAAUGUCACCAUUAAGAUUAAUUUGACUAUAUAAUAUGGUGUUAAACUGUAAUUAUAUCACUUGAAUUCUAACCUGUUUAAAAAAAGUGCAAGCGUAGAUCAAAGGUUUAUUUGCAGCUUUAUUUAUUCAUGCAUUUCAAGCGUUCGAUGUCUGAUUUUGGAGGGAAAAAAAAAAACAAAAAAACUUUAAAUAUACGUGUCCAAACCAAAUAAAAACCCCACUGGUUUUAAUCUGCGUCCUGAGCGAUCUCGUUUGGAGAAAUGCUCCUACAGAAAAGUAAACGGAGAUGCUUGUCAAAGACUGUCAUCAUUGACUGUAAAAGAAAAAAAAGAAAAAGAAAAGCUUCGAAUUACAGGAAAGAGGCACUGCAUUAAAGAACAAAGGAGAUCGAUGGCAGUACAUUAAAUUUUAUGCGAAUGAAAAAAAAAUCAACUAAUUAAAAUUGAUUACUCCUGCUUUGUAAAUGUGUUUCAGAAUUAAAUUAUUGUAUGAAAACAUUUUGACCAAUCGUGGAGCUGAGGAAGUAUCCAUUACUGGAUUGCAGCUAAGAAGGGGCUGGAAUGUUUUGUGGUGGCUAAGUAGUUUGUUGUGCUCCGCUGCGACUCCCCUCUUGCACCCCCUCUGCUUAAAGUGCCAUGGGUUAAUCUCUGAUGACCCUCAUCUUUCAGAGCAGCCCCACACUCAUGCUUUCGGCCUUUUACCUGAAUUAAAAGGAAUUUGUGGCCUAGAUGAGUAUUUUUGUAUAAAGUGGGUGAAAGCGAGGUGUCACUGACGGAGUCUCUGCCCUUUAGUCAUCGGGGCUCUCAGGGCUCUUGGGGCCCCGCUGGGGAUGUCCUUAUCUUAAUAGUCAUCUGUCUCGCUAGUUAAGCAAGGGCAACCCCAGGCAGCAGGACUGGCAGUUACACAUUAAGAAAUGUCAGACUUGGCUUCCUUCUGCAUCUCUCAAGUUAGUUUUGAAUUGGCUGGGUGCCACAUGUUUUUCUUCACAUCUCACGAGAUUAAAAGUCCGUGUUUAACUUUGUAGUUGAACCGUCUGAUUUUUUUUAGUGUUUCCUUGAACUUCAGUUUCUUUCUGUUGUGCGUCUUAUUUUUAGAAAUCCAAACAGAGGCACAGUUAUUUUUAGAAUUACAGUUUUUUUUAACUUAAACCUGUAAAACACACAUCAUACUCAACUAUAAUUUUAGACAUACAACUCAAUUUAACAACAACAAGAAAGGGGAAAAAAAUUAAAUAAUAUCAAUAUCAUGCAUUCCUGGCAUUUUGGAUAAGAAAAAAAAGGUUGUUGUAGCUCCUCACUGUAAAUGAACUCAGUUUUUAUUUACAUUUUCUCUUCUGCAGCAGAGCAGAGAAGGCAGGGACAGGGAAACUGUUAUUUUCCUUGAUAACCCUCAUGUAAGCUGAGGCUGUGUUAUGAGUAUUUUCUCCACUCGACACACUUUUUUAAGCUCGAGUUUGUCCUAACUGCCCAAGUGCUUUGCACCACUGAACCUACUCAACUUUUCCAUGUUUGUGAUCACAGAGCUCUGAUAGGGAAAUGUAGCUGAAUGGAAAGUUUGGUCUGUGCAUGCCGUGGUCUUGAAAAAAAAAAGGCUGAUUUCCGUCCAACAGCCCCCCUCCCCUUUACAAAAAUUGCAUAAUGUGCUUUUGAUGUCAUGUUUGUAGCCUUGCCCAUGGCUCUAAAACAGACACUGAUACAGUGCGGUAUGUUAUUUUUAAACCUUUGCAGAGCAAAUGUCAAUGAAGUUUUCCAUGACCCUUUUCAUCUAUUGAAAUGUCGACACUGACCUUUAAAUUUCAAAAGUUACGACCAUUCGAUAAAGACUGGCUACGUUCAGAGAAUGUAAGACUUCGAAAACCAAUGCUCUGUUUUUACUCUUUUCAUCACAGUAAAAGAGUAAGGGACAGAUGUAAAAGAGGCGUGAAUGUCAGGAAAAAGAAAGAAAAAAACCCUCAUUUACUCUUCUUUCUAAUCAGAUCUUAGUGAUGAGGUUUAUUGGUGGUUGCUUCUGUCUCUGCGUGAUACUGCCUUCAAGAGAGAUGCAGCAGGUUGGUUUUGUACAGUCAUUGUCAGAACGGUUCAGUUCCUGCAGGCCUGCUGAAGCUCCUGCAGUGUGUGACUAGAUGUGCACUUGAGCUAAAUGAUCGGGUCUACACCUCACUUCCUGAUGUCUCUCUGGGUCAAUAAUUCCCUAUUGCUCCUCCCAUGAGGCUCCACUUCCUCCACUAAAGGUCACAUUAAGGUGGCAAAGAAGUCACAAUUAGAAGGGCAUUUAAAGCUGCUCUUUUAAAAAGAUUAAAAAGCACUGCUGUUAGGAACAUCAAGCAGUCAGUCGACUAAAGGAAACACGGUAAUUGCAUUAAAACUUCAUUCCUUUCUGGCAGGGCUCUGGUAUCACCGAGGUAUUGGGUUAAGUCAUUUAAGUGAGCUGCCCCUGAUAGCAAAUCAUCCAUGAGAGCAACAAAUUAAUAUAGAGCUUCAUUUUUCGCUGUCUCUCACUUUCUCUGGAUUUGGUCCUUCAAACAUGUGUUUGAAGGGGAAAUUUGAGACCAGCCUAACACAAUUUUUGUUCAUGUCUGUCAGUCUAUUAUUAUAUCAGGGCACUUCUCCACAAAUGUACAGGCCAGGGCAAUUUGGAAUGAAUUGAUUCACACUGAGACUGAAUCCCAUACUUGCUAAUGAUUUCCUUUUAGCCCCCUUCAUCUCACCCCCACACCCAACUUCUGCCUCCAUCAUGCCCUCUAAAUGUUGUGUUGCUUAUAAAAUGGGUGUAAUGAGGGUUGUCCAAUGAUAAUUUUUUUAAACUCUAGAUUAAUUGCUGAAUUUCACUUGUUAUUCACAGUCAUGUUUGGAGUUGAAUUUUUUAAGUACAUUUUUUUGCAUGUCAAACCUGUUUUUAAGCCCAUGUUAACAAACAAAGCAGUCCAUUUAGUGCAAGCUAGGGGAUGUGUGAUCUUGACUGGAGAACUGCUUCACUGCCAAUGAAAUGAUGUCUUCAAGGUGGGGGACAGGAUCACAGUUUAGAGACUAGUGACAUCAUGCCAACCUGAAGCUAUCUUUUAAACUUGAGUCCUCUACAGUGCUAACUGGCCUGCAGCCAGUCUCCAUCCAUUUAGCAGGUGCUGUCGUUAACUUCUUUGAUUCAGUGUCAUUUUCUCUCAGCGGUGAGUGGAACAAAAUUUUCUGAUGUGGCACUUUGAUUGGAUGUACCUGUGUGCUCUGCUUGUAUAGGUGGUGGCUAAAACUCUUAUGUGGUAUUUUAGUUCCAUUCGCCACAGAGUGCAUGUUGCUUUAGACUUGUCGACUGAGCCAUCGGGAGUUUUUGAAAAGUAAGAUGUGCCUUUCAAAGGCGCUGUGGUGUUGAUCUUUUCCACCACAGCUGCAGCGCAACACAGCAGCUCAACUACAGUGCACCAGAGGGAACAUACUAGUACGCUGUUGGAGACAAAAAAAAAAAAAAAAAACGCGUUGAUUUUAGAUUUUAAUUGACAAACACAUACACAGUCAACAGCAGUGGUGAUACACACACACACACAUAUUUCCUGUGUGGUAUUGACAUGUAGAAGAGCGCUGCUUAAAGUACGUUGAGGUUUCUAUGUAAUGAUCGAAAAGUUGAGUCAAAAGAUGUCCAGGAAUCGAAAAUGUAACAAACAUUCAAGAAAUGAAAGAUGAAUUUUCAACUAUUUGUUUGAGUCUCCUCUCUGCUCAGAGUUGGAGUGGUAGUUUGGGUUGACCUGGAUUAUGAAGACUGAAAGAGGAGCCUGUAUCCUGUCUGGUGAAGCAUUUUCUUUUUCAUUCUUGUGGUUGAAAUGUUGUUCACGGUUAUUUCAGACACUGUAAGUUACUGUAACAUCAAAAAACUGAAACCAACAGAGAAUGCUAGUAAGACAGUGCAUGACUUUUUCACUUCAGUCUGAAUUUCCCAACUGCUUCAAUUCUCUAACUCUAUAAUGUGCAACUGUGAAACAUCUAUAGGUCUUACUGUAUAUCCUAGUUAAGUGCUGUUACUAGUUGGAGCAAAAAUAUACAACUGGUUACAUGCAUUCCCUCAGGCGUCCAACCUCCAGGUUCGAACAUAAUUGGAUUUCAUUCUCAUUUCUCACAAAUCGAGGUAUCACAAUUGUAAUUUUCAGACAAGUGCAGUGCGGAGACUUGUCCAAUUCAAACUCAAUAACAUAUCUGUAAUCUUGUCUGUUCAUCAACUUCACUCUCUUUAAGUGUGUUGGUUAAUGUUAUCUCUUCCUAUGAUUGAGUUUUGGCCUCUUUUUCGGCUUUACCUGACACUUUAUUGGUUAUCUGGUUUGUAAAGAUUAUUGCUCUUAACAUGGAGCACUUUGGUGCAUUAGAAGAAAAAGCUUUAUUUUUUUGUAACUUUAUUUUAUUAGUUUUUUUUUUUAUUAUUAUUGAACCCCAAAUGAUUGACUAGAUUACAAAAAGAGACUUCAUCUGAUUUUUUUUUUUUUUUUUUUGGUGUGAUUAUUUCAAUGUGACGUUUGCCUUGUUAUCCAUCUUAACUCCCUAAAAGCCCAGUUGUGUGCUACCCAACACUAUAACUGGGAUGAUCCAUAAGUCAAUAACAAGACAAGACUGAAACCUGUGCAAUGUGGUUAUAAUUGAUUGAGAUGUCUGGGUGGAACUUGUGCAAAGCAUCUAUGUCAUCCGCUAAGAAGUGCUCUUUUCCUCUCCCUGAAGAUCUACCACUACAGUUUUAACCAAAUGGACAUUUGCCUCAUUAGUUUGCCGCUGAGCUAGCUGCGAUCCUUACCAAGAUGUCAUACUUAUGCCUAUUAACGUUUACACAAUUUUCCUGUCCAUGUUGUGCUGUUCAGGUUUUAAGAGGAUGUAAACAAGGUUUGCUCAUUCAGCAUAUUCUUCCUCUAUUAGGUCAUUACCUCUCACAGGACCUGCAUCACUCUCAAAUUUACUGCAAUAAAUAUCAGUAUAUUAGAUUUUAGUGUGUUUACUCCUUCGGUUGGUCCACUGACAUGAGAGUAAAGGAUGAGCAAAUAGCAGGAAGAGAGUGUCCUGUUAUCAUUUGGAUAUUUUCUCUGUGUUUUGACUGUAUCUUUUGGACCAGAACAUCAGUCAGGGGUUCACCAUGCAAAUGGUUUAAUCUGCUUGUCACAAUGAAGGUUCCGGGUGACUGACUUUAAUAAGCCCUCAGCAUAUAGAGAAACAGGAAAUUCCAUACCCCUUGUGUAACCCUUAUGUACAUCAAGGUCACGGUAGUGUCACAGUGAAGUGGUGGAUUAGUGUCUGAAUAAACUGUGGAAAAUCUCUUGAGAUGAAUCUGGUACAUUUUAAUAAAACUCACACUUUCAGCUGUUAUCAUAGAGUAGUCCUACAGUGUCCUUCAUGUUUUUAUAUUUAGUUUUGUCAGAAUAAGAAUCUUUGAGGUACUUCUGCGUUAAUCUGUGAGAAAAGACAAAUCUAUAUUCACAAGUUUUGUGUAGUAGUCGGUGUGAUCCUCAGCUGUAUUGUGUGUUUGUCACAGAAAUCUAGCUCUUUACACAGCCUCCCUGCCACACCUACCCCUUGGACAAGUUUAAACUGCAAUGCUUUUGGAUUGAAACAGGUUCAUAGUAUAUGCAAUGCAUUACCCAAAAUGAAUUACCAGUGGCAGGGCGUUCAAUCACUUUGUAUCUUUCAACACUAAGAGAAAAGAAGAGUAAUCAAAACCUUUCAACCUAUUAGAGGGAUGACUUUUACAAUUGAAUCACGGGGACCACAGGUGCGAUAAUAAGUCAUCUAAACCUUCCCUCCAGUGUGUUUCCCCUUUCUCCUUGUUCUUACAUAUUUAUCUAUUAUAGGAGGCGCCACUUCAUGGCGCCCACUUCAAAUUUAUGUUUUAAUGCCAUUUGGGGAAGAUUUUUUUCUCCCUCCAAUUCUUGGAAAUGCAUACUGGGGUGGAAAAUUAAGGUGCAUCUCGAAGGAAAACAUAAUAGAAUCGAUGAACGCUGUACUGCACUUAAAACUUGAUGUUCUGAUGCUAUUUAACGUUCUAGUGCAUUAACGUUUCAAGUCAUUACAACAGUCAGGCUGGGUGAUUUGAUCAUGGCAGGUUUUUAACUGGAAGAAUUACAGAAGUUUUCAGCCUAGGAUUCUCAAGUUAUUAGAUACAAAUGAUCACCUCUGCAUUAAGUAUAGAUUUUCUUCCACUGCGCACUUAAGAAUGGAAGUUUGUCUUUAAGAGGGUAAUAGCAAAUUAAGCUCCAUACUCCAUUUGUCCAGCACUCUUGAUGGGCUAAUUUUAUAACUGCUGAUUUGGUCAUUCCCCACAUUUAGCUGGAAAGUGGUCAGGUGGUCUUUCUCUUCAUGGAUGGGUGUGAGGGCUUAGAAGCAACUCUCAAAUGAAAUCCAUUUAUGUGUGUUUUUUUCCAACUAUAACGAACCUUUUUCUUAAAGAUGCUCCAGACUGUUGUUUGUACUGUUAAAAGCUUCACUUUCCUCUAGAUCCUCUUCCUCUCACAUGAUCUCAUUAUGAGGAAUUAAAUCAUGUUUGUUUCCUCCUAGAUCACCACUGCUGUGAAAUUUCUACAGAACCCAAAAGUACAGCAGAGUCCCUUGGCAACCAGAAAAGCCUUCUUAAAGAAAAAAGGUGAGAAAUGUGAAAUGCUCUUGAUUUGUGAUCAAUACACAACAGGAAACAUCGAAAAGGCAGACAAUAUACAUCUGUCUGAAAAUUAAAUCAAGAUUAUAAUUCAUACGUGUUUGUUUACAAAAUCUGGUGGGCUAGAGAUGCACACACUGCCUUUUUUUUAGGAUUUGUCCAUUAGGGUCAAAGGUCGCAGCUGUAGCUCUUUGCCCUGGGGGUCUAACAGAGGUCGAUUUAGCUUCGGAGUGCAUGAUUCAGGCCCUGUGAAUAAAUGACACACCAGUUGGGAUGCUCCUUUGGGUUCAGGAAAAUUAAUAUUGACAAACUCCCUCUGCAUUUUCAAUGGAAUUAUCAAUAUUGCCUUCCAGCGUUUUAACCCUUUUACUUAAUUUAACUGUUAUCAUAAAUUUGAGGCAUGACACAGGGAGGUUUUCCAGGCAGGGAUGCUGGAAAUGUUUGCUGGCUCUUCACUUUCCUUGCAAUUCAUUGAGAUUAUUUCUGACACAUGGCAGAUUAUUGUUUGUGCAAUAAAACUUGCAAAAAGCUUUAUUACUCUGAACUCAUUUAAGUCGUUCAAUAUAGUGUGGAGGUGGAAAUGUGCGAUGUUUUGUUAUGCACUUCUUACAGUCAGCCUAUGGCUGAGUAAUGACAAUAUGUACAGAGAGAGCUUGUGGCUUUACCUCAGAUAACUUUAGUGGUGGGUAUUUCUUUUUUAGAUAUUUCUAGAGCUCUUAUGUACUCAGGGGACUACAGCUCUGCAGUGCUGGGGGACUUUGCCUCCAGCAUUAUACCAGCCAAACAUUGAAAAGUGAGCCUAAAAGCUCCAUGACAGGAGAGGGUAACCUGAAACCAAAUCCAUGGUUGCCUGCUGCUCCUGCACACAUCUCAUGUGGCUCUAAUGACUCUUGAUAUCUUUUGAAAUUUCUUUGUCUUUGUGUCUCAUUAUUUUCGACCAAGGCUUGUUCUUAAUCCACUGUUGGUAAUCUAAAAUGUAAUAAGGCCUCAUCAAUACCAAAUGACAUCAUGCUACACCAUGCUCUCUACAUACUCUCAGCCUCUUUUGGAAAUUCCACAGAGCUCCACUCUACAGAACGGUUUGCUCUUGCUGCACUUAAGUCCAUGAAAUAUGUAUGACGUCUUAAUGCAAAUUUAUUUUGGAAAGUUGGUUCCACUGUAGAUCUAAACACGAACACCCAAUUUGCAUGAGAACAUUGAUCUCACGGAGAGUAAAGAUGAGAAAGAAGAAAGCAUUGAAACAGUAAGCACCUCACAGAACUCCACUGUAUUCAUAAGAUUACUCUUGGACUGUGUGGUGUAGUCACAUCGAAAAAGGAAAUCCUCCACAUUCAUACUGGAUCUGAAGCUGUGUUUCUUGAAAGGACAUUUCUGAAACUUUACAGCACACUUGUUUCAGUCACAGAUUUGUAUUUGUAUAUGUGUGUAUUACAGGAAAUUGUGUCAGGAAAGUUUUUAAAGCUCCCAGUGGAACUUUUUUAAGCUGACUUUGUUAUUUUGCAAACAUCUACUCUCAGAUAAAAGGUGGGAGUGUACAUCAAAUUUCUAGAAGUGAAAAAUCAUGAGUCAUCCUGCUUUUCAUUUAGCUAAUUUUUCUGCGAAAUGUUGUUACAUCACAUAGUUUUCCCCUCCAUCUUUUCAACGUGUACAUAUCCAGAACAUGAGGAGUUAAAGCUUUCUCUGUGACAGUUACACUCCCGCCUCAGUCCUGAGGAAGACCAGGAUGCUACGUUUAAUGUUGGUAAAACCGAUUUUGAUGAGCGAGUCUGUUUAAAGUAAAACUGUUAAGAGGCUUUACACAAUGUGAGAGACAGCACAAGCCAAUAGUUCAACAAUUUAAAUGAUUAUUUUUUCGGUGUAAAGUUGCAAGUAGUUUAGUGAUUCCAUCAUAUGCAAUUAUCAUUCAAAUAUUCAGAGAGCCUUGAAAAAAUUCUGUAUAAAAAGGACAAGGCCAAAAAUGAAUACUGGAGGACUGUGAUCUUUAGGCCCUCAAGCAGCACGGCUUUACAAACAGACAUGACUCUGUGGUAGAAGUCGCCCCAUGUGCUCGAAAUCACUUCCACAAACGGCUGUCUGUGAACAUAGCACCUCUUUGCAUCCAGAAAUCUAGGUUAGAACUGUACCGUGUUAACAGGACACCAUAUAAACAUGAUCCACAAUAAAACCGGCAACCUCUCUCUCAGUCUGAAGACACUUCUGCCCAAAUUGCCCCUGGUGCCUGUGCCAACAGGGUGUGAAUGGAAUUAUCUCAUCUUAAUGUACGCUUUACUCUGCCAUCAGUGUUUGGAUGUGGUGUGAGUGGGUGAAUGUGACAUGAGAUGUAAAAGUGCUUAAAGUGAUCAGGAGAUUAGGGAAAGCACUGCAUACACUCAGUCCAUUUACCAAUCCAACUUUACCAUUAAAUGUGUACUGAGGCUAAGUGGAAAAGUGUCCUGACAAAAAAUCACAUUCCUUUUGGAAACCAUGGUCCUUGCUUCAAGAAGGAGAGGGGCUUCCUGGUUUGUUAUUAGCACACAGUUCAAAAGCCAGUAUCUGUGAUGAUAUAGGGAUACUGUACACAUGUAGGAAGGCACCAUUGAAAGGUACUAAUACAGAGCAAAUGUAGAUUUUAGAAUUUAUGAUGGGGCUUUUUCAAGAAACCUUGAAUUUUGAGCAAAUCAUACUCUCUGUGUGUUUUAACAGUAAAGUGUCUGGGUGCUAAACUGGUCUGUCUGUAUUCCUGACUUGUCAUCCAUUAGGAAGGACAUAAUAUGAUGAUAAGAUAAGAGUACAAUUGAGCAGCAGAAAUCCUGCAUUGGGCAAAGAGGAGAUAUUUCAAUCUCAAAACUCCAGAAACAGGUCACCUCAGUUCCAAUACAGUUACAGAGUUUUGUAAAGAGUAAAGGUGAUUUAAAACAAUGGCGAAUACGCACUUGUCCAAACUUUUUUGAACUGUGUUGUUGGCAAAAAAAAUUUUUGACCAAUAAAAUUUUUAGUUUCAGAAUUGAUUUUGUUCACUUUGCAUUAUAUUCAAUUAAAUGUAGGGUUUAAAUGAUCUGCAAUCCACUCAGUUCUUGCAUUAACCUUUCACUCAGCAUCCAAACUAAAAUGGAAUUGACAUCAGAGAAAAAAACAUCUCUGUCUGUAAAGUUCCAUUAAAUGAUUCUUACUAGAGUAGGUUUAUUAAAAAAGGCCAAAAAUGAACAAAGUUCAGUUUUUCUUCAUAAAAAAAGUUGAUGUUAAUUUCUACUAAGUAAAAUAAUUUACUGUAGUAGUAGUACUGUUGUCUUGCUAUGUUCAGGCUCACUCUUGCUGAAGUUGACUUUUGCACUGUCAUUGGCUAGUGCUCAGAGUUACUCCUGUAUUUGUUCCCAGCAUCUAUUUUCCCUUCAAGCCUUUGACCGAGAAACUCAAUCAUCCUCCUCUUCCCUCUGUCACCACAGCAAAUGUGUCGGUCUUAAUUUCUAAUACAGUUUAAUGUCAUAUUUAUGUAAAUACUUCCAGAUUUUACUCUAUAUUAACAGCCAGAAAUGUCAAAGCACACAUAAAAUGAAACAAUACCAUCUCCCGGUGGAGUGGAAUUUAAAUUGGAUUCCUCUUGCUGCCAGUACUUACGCUGGACAGCUGAUGAAGGGGAAAAUAGGGCCCACUUUGAUUGCAUGUUGCAGAAUCUUUACACAAUAAUCUUGCUCGUGCAUAUUAUUUCCCUCCACAUUUGUGCCCUAAUCUGCACUGAAGGAUGUCUCUCUGGUUAGAUCCCCUUUUUUCCAGAGACAUCCUUAUGGUGUGGUUUAUUUCAAUAUUCAUUGAAAAAGUAUAAUUUUGUUUCCCUUCAACCAUCAAUUUCAGGGGAUGAAUUGACAAUUAUGCAGUCCAAUAUUUCUAGCUGUUGACUAAACUGACUGAAAUAUUGAAACUCUGUCACUUGGACGCCACAUAAAUUAUGGUUUAAACUACAAGAUGAGUUUUUUCUCAUGUUUUUUAGGGGACUGGAAAAACAAACAUCAUUCAAACUAUCUAACAGCAAUCUUGAAACAAUUUUACCAUACUCACUCCUUGCCAAGAUUAAAAAAAAAAAUGUAAUUUUUUGAAUGAAACUAAAUGUGCCACAGACUCAUCCAGUGAAUUGGGCCAUCUUUGUCCCCUACAAUUAACAGAUGUAACAACUAAAGAGCGUUGAGCCCCAUUUUGGCUUCACCAUUUAGCCCAGACAAUUAGCAGUUACACACAUAAUUGCCAAAAAAAUCAAAUUCGCAGGGCAAAGUCGAGAACAUUUUCCGGCUUUCAGCAUGUCACUUUAACCGUGGCCCUUCAAAUGACAUCGCUUAGGCACUUCCAGAUCACGAAAACGAGUGCAGAUUGCUUGGAAAGUCAAGCCCAGAGAGAGCAGGUCCAUUGUUAUAUGCAGGUAAAUUCAGCUUGUGAAACAGGCACAGUACAUUAUCAGCCGGUGAGAUAUAAAUGAUGGCUUGACUUAUUUCUUUUUUUAUGCCGUCCCAGUUGUUAUUGACUUGAAUAAAUAAUGCUAAUAGAUUUCACCCUGAGUAGAGGGCCAGUGAUCGAGGGUCACUGGGAACACAGGUAGGCUGUUGGUCUAUUACCAUACCUGGUAUGAAGGUAAGGCUAAGGAUAAGGUUCAUCAUCCAGAUAUUAAUAGGAUGCUAUUUGUAAGUGGGGUUAUGUGACUCACCUCUCGGACAAAAAUGACAAUGACCAAGGCCUGUGGAGAAGGUAAAGGGAUUGAUGUGGUUAUAAAUUACUCCACGGCGCCACCUAGCCUAGGCCUUGCCUACUUUGUCAUCAGUACAGGGUGAUAAAGCAGGGAAAUGAGAGCAGAGUCUGCUUUUUUAAUACAUAAAUGAAUACUCUAUGAGAGUGGUCAUUAUUUAAGGCAGGCUAUUUUCAGGCAGUUGGACUAAACCAAAUGACAUGGAGAAUCUCCCUCCCUGGCACGGCAAGAGAACCAGGUUGAAGUUGCACUCGACUUCUUAAUAACCCAUUGACCUCCAUCUAUUUAUGACCCCUGCCUUGCCUUUUUUUCUAAGUACAAUAUUCAAAAUGUAAGUAAUUUUCACCCAAGGGCAACUUCAUAAUUCAGACCUUGGAGGGCACAGAAAGAGGCAUUCACCUUUUACAACCCAAAAUAUUUUAGUAAGCAAUUUUUAUAAUUGGCUGUCCAGCUGAGGUGUUGACCCAUAAAGUCCAGAAGUGCCAGAAUUGGAGAAAUGGAUUUAAUGUACGAGCCUUGCUGCCUCUUUGCCCUUAAAAAAUACCCAGAGAAUAUGAGCUGCUGGAAAUAGAGCUGUAAAUAACCUGACGAGCAAUGGGUUUUCCUUUAAAUAAAUACCGAUCAGGUUUAUGUUGAAAGACAAUAGAAAACGUAGCCCAGAUAUGCAGUUUACAGUAUUUAUAGCUGUAAUAUCGAGGUGCCAGCACCGUAAUUUCAUGCCCCAAUGAGAAUGGCAAGGUCAAAGCAAAUGCUUUGGCUGAGCAUCUGCUAAUACGGUGACUCAUAAACAGGCACUGCGUGUAUCAGGUGCACCAAAUAAUACAGUAUAAUGAAAUACAGAAUAGCUUUCCAUUAUUGUUCUUUUUUAUGGUGUCGUCAUUAGGUGUAAUUUAUGUUUAAAAAAAUUCAUCUCCCCACAGGUCGAUCGGAAAUGAGGGUCCAGGGGUCAUUCCACAGGUUUCAGAGCCGAUAAUAAAUUUCACAAUCCCUUUUUUGUCUUUUCCUUUUAUAUGUAAAACUCACUUUCACCUUGUUCCCUUUUCUUUUGGAUCUAAGAGCUCUUUCAUUUGCUGUUGUCUUCCCCUCAACAAUAAACAGAUCAGAGCGUACAUCUCAACUUUGCAAGCUGUAAUUUGACUAGAAAACAGAUUUAGGAAUUUAAAUGUAUUUUAUCUCAAUGCAAAGCAAAAACAAAUACCUUGCAUUUGCUGCAUAAACAACAUCAAAGAUAAAAGCAGUUAUUAAGAUGUACAUACAUUAAGUCUGAUAAAAGGCUAAUUGUAGAGUUAACAUUUCAAGGUGAAAGGAAAAAAACCUCAAGCAUGUUUUUUUUUUUUCUUUGUAUUUGAUGAAACUGAGAUCCUUGCAUGUCUCACUCAAUAGUCUGCCACCAUGUAGUCUGCUGUGGUCAGAUGAAUCAGGAGUCCAGGGACACAUUAUUGCUUAUUUGACAGUGCAGUCUGACUGCACAAACUCAGCACAUGGCGCUCACCACUUCCUGGCACUCAGGACCUGCUGCAGACUACAGGCCGGCCAAUAUUUGCCUUCAAUUAUUCAACAAUUUUCAUGGCCAUUUGAAGUCCCCAGAGCAUUUAAAUAGGUGACUGGAGGGACCUCCUCUUGGCUUUAGCUGUGUGGCAGAUUAUCAAAGGAUUUCUCAGUGCUUUUGGGCUGGAAAAACAGAACAAACUGGACUUAUGAUCAAGGGUUAAACUUCCUGCUCAGGUUUCACUCAAAAUAAGGUUGCUUGAAUAGAUAUUCAAACAUGGGAUGGUCUUUGUGAAUGGUUUUGGACAUCAUAACAUAAGCACUGUAGAUGGAAACAGUUCUUUACAUUUUGCAUAGAUUUUAUCACUGAUAACUUUGCAUGGGUGUUCCUAUGAUUUGUUCUGAUGGCCCCUUUAAAAGCCAGUAACAAAGACAGCAGGACAUGACUGUGCAACCAUGCACCAUGCAACCUAUGUACUAAAUAGAGCCACUGAACUGAAUGCUUAUCAAUCAACUGAUGUCUCUUGAUAGCUGGAGGAAACUUAUUUUAAAUUAGAGCAAACUCUCCAAACCCCCAUGCUAGAGACUGCCCCACAUUGAGGAGUUCUUGUCAGUAAGCACUGGUAUUGGCUAAAAGAAGGAAAGUGUUUGUGUGAGUCACCUGGUUUAAGUAAAAGAAACAGUCUUGGUUAUGAAUGGAAUAUUGGUAUUUUUUUAUCCUGAAAUAAACCAUGCUUUUGAGCAGAUAAAAAACACUAUUAAUGUUGUUUUUUGUUCUCCAUCCUCUGUUUUCUCUUAAUUGUUUUUCAGUGAAUUGGUCAAUAUUGUUUUCUUAAUGCAGCUUAUUGAAAAAUGUAAUUAUUCUCUUUGUUGAGUCUUAGAUGCUCAUUAAAGGAUGAGACCUAUACAGCAGUGUCUGUGUAUGUCGCCUGAAAUAAAAUCCUUUCUUGCUACAAAAGGAGAUGUUCAUAUUAGAUUCUUUUUUCUCCUCCCUUCUGAUUCUCCAUCAGGGAGCCCUUUGCAAUUUAAUCAUCACUAAAAUCAUUAAAAAGAUCUGAAGAUUAAAUUAUAUUGGCAUUUGCAAAAUUAUGUAAUACAUUUACAUUACAAUGAAGAAAUUAAAAUAAUGCAUUUUCGCUGUCUGGGGUGUAUGAAAUCUCCACAUGGGAAAUAUAACUGGAGAAGUGGACAGACUCUUAUUUUCUUUGCCUUUGGUGGCAGUUAAUAGGCAAGUGGAGUUUCAGAUUUCAUUGUGUGAACUUUUUCACACUAUCUGUUCAUGAUGGAUGUCCCUGAAACACAACUCUCCGUGGAAUUUCUUAAUUAUGAAAUGAAAAUGCAUUUUUGAGCAGAGGGUGGGUCAAAUUGAAAGGAGAUUUGACAUACUUUCUCUAGAUUAUACUUAAAAGAUUUGUGGGGAGCUUGGGAUGUAUUCAAACUUAUAUUACGACUGCCGAGGAGCCAUUAGGCGUUAACACGUCACUGCAGCCCCACCAAAUGUCUUAAAGUCGUGUCUCUUGAUUCCAGGACUGACGGAUGUGGAAGUAGAGCUGGCCAUCUUGCGCUCUGGCAGCACAGAAGAAGUCCUUCCUCUGAGCCAUGCGGGGCCCCUACAGCCCCCCUAUGCAACUCAGCUGGUUCCUGUACCACAAAGUAUGUACACACAACCUUUCACUCCCUUAUGUAUACCAUUCAAAUACACAGUAUAUCAGUUAGGGGUGGAAGAAAAAAUCGAUACAGCAUAGUAUCGCGAUAUAUUGUCUGGUGACAUGAAAAUAAAAUACUGUAAAUAAGUAAAUAAUUUGAUGAUAUGUGUCAUGAUAAUAUCGUAUCGCCGGGCCACUGGUGAUUCCCACCCCAAAUACCUGUGUAGUCUGUCGGCUGAGAAAAGAGUUUGUUUUUGGAGAAUUACACUUUUUGUAUUGAUUGAUCCAUUUUUAUUUCAUAUAGGUGAUAUUAAAAAAAAGAAGGUUGUCAUACAAAAGAAAAAGGCAAUAGAAAAUAGAAAACAAACUGCAACACAAGAUUUUCAAAGACCGGAUUAUUUCACAAAAAUGUUAUUAAUUCAAAUGCAAUGAACAAGAUUCUUCAUAGGAAUUCACCAGUGCCAACAGCUCCAUAAGCAUUGUACACAUGUAUGUAAAACAACUUUUGCCUUGAUUGUGGAUUCAGAUACAGGGAAUAUGACAUUGUACCGCGCAAGCUCAUGAAGCUCAUCUCUAGCAGUUCUUUUCCAAGGGGUUCCACCCUGGCAAGACCCUGCACCGCAACCUGUAUCUUUAUUACCUCAGGAGGUUAUGAGUGCUGUCCACUGAUUUACCAAUGCAGAAUGAAGUCCGCGUAAUGCUUAACCCAUAUGACAAUGAUUCCAGAUGUAUUCCACCCUCAUUUAUUACCACACUGUCCUUGACUCCCCUGGCAUCUCAUGUUUUGUAAUGAAAGUGAUGUUGAUGGGAUGGCCAUGUAGUUAGGGAGACUCGCGGCACUCCGUCCAUAGUGGGGGGUUUUAUAUCAAAACGGCUAUAAGGGAGCUGCAUAAUGAGGUGAGAGCGGGGAGUCUUGUAUGGGGGGUCAUGCUGAAAAGAGGGGGCUACCUCCCUUUGAUGUCCUUGUUACGGGGACGGUGCACGGGGACCCGCAUCCAUCUCUGUCGAAGUAAUGGAUACUCUGAUCUCUAUUUCCACGCGGUAGAAGGACAGGAAGGCCUCCACUGAACCCAAUAAAUUUGAGAGGAGAUUGGAAAAACGGGGGAUGGAGACCACAGUUCCACAGCUUAAGUGACCAAAUAAAAAAAGGAAGAUGGCAGAGUGGAAGUGGUUGAGAAAAAAGGGAGAGACAGAGGAAGAAUGAAAGGUCCUAACAGGGGGGGGAAAGAGCAAGUGAAGACCCCUAGUGAUGCAGUGAGUCUUGUUCAGGGUCAACCACCUCUCCCAAGGACUCCCAGGCCUUUCAGAAGCAGGGCAUUCUGGGAUAGGUGACAGUCUAUCGCAGCCAUAAUGUUGAUGAAGACCCAAAUUUAUGUGGUUACCAUAUGGAUGUUGGAGAAUGAUUCAAAAUUUUGAUGUCAAAGGGUAGAAGUUCACUGCUGAAUGCUGCAGCAGCAAAGAAACGUGCCCUUGAGUAAGAAAUAUAAAAAAGCACUCACCUUGAAAAUCUACCACAUAGUACAAUAUGGCAAUAGGUCCCUCAGUUUAUUUGCAUGUCAAAUCAGACAAGUUAUAAGGCACAAGAUCAAUCUGGUUUACUCCAUGUCAAGCCAGUGAACAUAUAUCACAUAGCCCAUUAUGUGAAAUCAGACCUGUAAUAGAAUAUCAAUUGUGUACUUCAGCGGCCAGGCCUUUUCUAAUUUCUUAUUCAUUUGGGCUCUGGCAGAGUAAACAAAAGAAAAAAACUCAUACAGUAUAUUUCCUCCAGACCUGUUUGUUGUUUAGUGACAUUUUCAGUUGAAUGCCUCUCUUAUGUGGGGAAUUUCCACUUUGACAGACAGUUGGCCUACCCAUAUGACAGCUUGCACAAUGACACACUUUCACAUUAUCUGUCACUCAGUAAGACAGUCAACUUCUACACACACACACUCACACACACACACACACACACACACACACACACACACACACACACACAUAUUUACCCUUGCUUCUGUUUUAGUGGUUUAAGUAAGUUGAAGACAAUAAUGUCUCUCCUGGAAGAGCAGGACAGAGGGAGCACACUAUAGUUUGUCCAGUUUGAAUGAACAGAGUGAACAAUAGUACCGCCAUACGUUAAUCCACUGUAUUAUUUUUUUGCUCAUCAAAUGUUGAAGUAGAAAUUGUGAAACCAGUUUGAAUUUAACUAAAGAAAAUUUUUCAAUAAAUCCAUUACAUUCCACAUAUAUCAGUACUGUUUGUAAAUUAGAAGCAGACGUGUCUCUUACUCGUUAUUGAAAAAAGUGGAUUUAUUAGAGUAGGGCGUUGCUAGCAUCACUGGUGGUGAACUAUAGCAGGGCUUGCACCACACGGCAUCCACAUGCCUCGCUCUGGAUGAGUGGUUACACGCCAGUUUAACCAGAAACCAUCUUAAUACAGCUUCACCUUCAUUUUCUCAAAAAUGAAAAUACUACAAAAACAUGCAAGAUGCCAUCAGUCAUCUGUGCUUGUUUACACGCAGGUAGAAGAUAGGGAUGGGAGUCACUAGUGGCCCCACAAUACAACAGUAUCACGAUACUUGGGCCACGAUAAGAUAUUAUUGCAAUUUUUAACAUUUUGCAAUAUAGUGAGCAUUAUAUAUUGCGGUUUAUGCAAUUUUUUUAACUGGUUCGCUAAUUUAGCAUUUGUUUUUCCUUUUUGUUUGUCUUGUUUAUUUGUAUUUUAUUUUCAUGUAGCACAUCUUGCAAACCUUAUAUAUAUAUAUCUGUUUAAGUCGCUUUCUCCUGCUCUGUGAUGUCAUUUCUACCAACCUCAGUUGAUUUUAUUUUUUCAUUAUCAUAGAUUUGAUUUCAUAUUAGCAAUUAAUUUUAAAAUUGAUACUUGGUAAAUGAGACGAUAUAUUACCGGACAUAAUAUCGCAAUACUAUGCUGUAUCAAUUUAUUUCUCCCAACCAUAGUAGUAUAGCAUAAUAGCAUUAUGGGAGUGUGGCAUUAGCCCUUGAUCGUAGCUACUGCCCCCACCAGUGGUGAGUGGCUGUUCUACAGCACAACAUAUGAUUGGCAUACUGGGCUUGAAUUAAUGAAAUAGAUUCAUUGAUUGAUCUGACCUGUAAUUCUGGUGAUGUCUAGAGAGAGUGUCAAAGUUUAAUCAUUCAUUAAUUAUGAAUGAAUUAUAUUGUUAAAGUAUCCAAAAAAUUUACCACACAUUGAUAACGUAAAUCAGACAAAAAACUAAGGAUAGCUAAAAAAUAUAUUUCAAAGACUUUACAACUUAAUCAGUUUUUGAGUUGUCAGCUUGUUGGUUGGCAUGUCUUUCUUUCAUGAAUGUCUAAAGUGCCAGGAAGAAUUCAUUAAAAAAAAUCUAUACUCAUUGGUAAAAAAAAUGUUUAAAUGGUGAACAGUUUUGAGCUACAGUGUCCCAGUGUUUUUACAAUAUAUAUAUAUAUAUAUAUAUAUAUAUAUAUAUAUAUAUAUAUAUAUAUAUAUAUAUAUAUAAAUAUAAUUUUAAAGUGCUAAAGUGGUUUAUCGCCCCCUUUCUCUAGGUCCUGCUGGCUACAGAUGGAGAGACUAUGGUGCCCUCACUGUCAUUAUGGUGGGCAUAGCCGUUGGCUUUCAUCAGCUUUACAAAGUAAGUUACACCCUUUUCCUUCACCCUUCCCCCUAAUGUUUCCUCUCUGACUUUGUUUUUACAGUUAAUGUCUCUCUAAAAAUUGUAAUACAUAUCAUAGUUUGCAUCCCAAGAUCUGCCAGUGCUGCUUUUUCUUUAUGUUGCAUUUAAAUUGGUAGGCUUAGCAAGUACAUCAGUAUUGAUGAAUCAUGGUGCUAGAAUUAAGAUGUCUGUUCAGCAGCUCACAUCACUCUAGUCUUGUUAUUAAAGCUCCCCUGCUUUACGUCAAAGCAUGAUCUCAUUUGAACCCCUUCUUUUAAACUUCCCCUCACAUCCUCCUCUCAGAUAUGUCUUUUCCUUUCAAAAAUAUAGUUGCUUAAACAGCACACAACUGUUUUUUGACAUCCCACCUUCGAGAAAUAAUCACCCUGGUUUUUAUCGGGCUUAGCAGCCAGAGCAUGAGCUCAUGAGGCCCCUUGUCCCUAGUGACAUUAAUCCCAUAGUGGUUGUUAGUACUAGUCUGAGUGGCAUGUGGAAACCAUUACUCUCAUUUUAAAGGAAGACAGGAGCUUUAGCAGCAGUACUUGGCCUGGAUGACAGCCUGUUCUCCCCUGUAUGUGCAAAAGAGAAAAAAAGGAGCAUGUAUCCUGUUGUACAUGCAUGCACAGGAUACAUGUACAUGGAUACUGCGCCUACUUUACUGUCUUGCAUAAGCUCCACAUUUAGAGCCUCCUGUCCCUUCUUCCCUUUUCUGUUGUUCCUUCACUAACUGAAUACACACACACACACACUGUGUCUGUACCAGCCCACUGUUUCCCACAUGCAGCAGGCUUUGCCAGCCACUGGUCGUCUGGGAGGUGGGAUUCCCUGGCGGGACGGCACAGGUUGCUGUCAUGUCACUGGAGCGUAGCGCCAGUCGCACCAUAUGUCCGGGCUUCUGCCCACACUUUAUUUAUGUUAUGGUGCACCUUGUAAACACCACACUCCCAGCAACCCACUUAUUAAUUACCACGUGUUGACACUCAUUUAAUCUUUUUCUCUAAAAAGUGUUUAUUACUUGCGCUGGUGUGGCUGCUUGCCACCUGAGUGGGAGAGAAAACCUGGCUCAGGGAGCAGAGAGCUGCAAACCGGCUGCAUGAGAUGAAGUCCUCCUUAUUGGACCUUGAAAUACCCAAAAUAGAGAUUUUGAAUGUGGCAGAACUGGACUCAGCAGGGUUACAUGGAUGGGUAUUUUUGUAAGGUAAAGUGGGCUCCUCGCUCACCUUAAGGAUUCAGUGAGAUGCUGGCAAGUUGUUCAUCUGGUUAAAACUCACGCUGGAUAACAAACAUGCUCAUUUGGCUGUCAGACAUACAUAUCAUUUAGUAGAGUUGUGUUUAUUCAGUGGCAGGGAGACUAUAAACACCAUGACAUUGUUUUUGGUUUUGGAUGACUAUUUUCAGUGUUCACAACCACCACGUUUUUCCCUUUAGGCCUCUUUCUGGAUCUGUCCCUUCCUGGUUUUCUUUCAUUUAUAUUUCUGCAAACAUAGUUCAAGGACUGGAAACAACAGUUACUUUUAUUGAAGAUUAUUCUUCACUUGAAGAUAAAACAUCAAUUUCUGUAUAGUCAGAAGAAUGUGACAAAAAGAGAGAAGCAGCUUGUCCCAUGCCAGCAUGUACUUGACAUUUAUGCCUGACAAAUCUAAACCUCAAAUGAAUUAUCAUAAUUGUUAUCUUUCCUUUGUACAAAUGUUUUUAUGUUUCAUCUUCCCACUCCUAAUCAAGCACUUUAAACAAUCAGGCACUUGUCCAACAAAACUAUGUGUUUGACCCUCUGUUGCCAAGUUUAGCCUGCCCUGUCUUUUCCUCAUCUUUCUGCCCCUUCCCACCAGAGAGAAGUGUAAUAUUGUGCCAUACUUUUAAUUGCAGAAAUACAUCCUUCCCCUCAUUAUGGGCAGCCGAGAGGACAAGAAGCAUCUGCAGAGGAUGGAGAGCAACAUUGCGGCAAUGAGUGGCACGCUGACACAGACAGGUGAAGAUUAAUAUCUUCAUCACUUUCUCCCUCCUUAACAUUUUCCCUCAUUUAUCUGUCGCCAAAAUCGGGGGGCCCCGCACGUUUUUAACAAAUGACGCCGCUGUCAUUUCGCUUUAAUUUGAAAUUGCUUGUUUACUGUCAGGCUCGGGCUCAAUUAAUUACGUUUCGCUGAAAAGCUCUUAACCUCGGAAUAUUAAUGAGGAGUUGGGAAAUGACAACUUUUCUCCCACCCCCACCCAUCUUCUCUCACUCCCCCCCUCCAUCCGUCUCCCCGUGCACCAACCUCACCCCCAUCCAAACCUCCACCGCCAUCAUCAUCACCCACCCUCUUCCCCGUAGGUGGCGAGAAAGUUCAUUUUAAUUUUCUGUGCGUGAAUGUGUGUUUGUGUGAGUGCUGGAUGUGCGUGCGGCAUGGCACUGUGUGGCGUCUGGGCUCAGCACUGGCCCUAGCGUGAUUAAGUGCACGGUGACAGGUGCGGCUCCCAUGUUGGACAGGUGAGGAAUCUCAACCUGGCUGUCAGACAUGGAGAGAGAGGGAAGCAAGGAGAGAGAUGCUUUCCUAGCUCUUUGUCAGUGUAAUUAAAAAUCCAGGGAGGCGUAAAUGAGAGAGACACUCUAAGAAAAGUUUGGUCUCGUUAGCAGUAGUGUCGAACUGGAGUGUGUUUUCACCUGAAAGGCACCACUCCCUAUUAGUUCGAGUUUUCCUGUCAGUGGUACAGGGACUUUUUUUCCAGUCAGUAGUUACAAUAAAAACACACAAGAAAUGUUUUGUAAAAGAACCGAAAGAAAUCAUGUGAGAAAACAUGAAAUAAAGCUUUUAAACACACCACACCGAAGAGCUUAAGAUGAUUGAGUCAAACUGCAAAGCCUCAAAACAAAACAAAAAAAAAACAAUAGAGAACCUCUGCCCAUGAGAAAAAUGCAUCUACAUUUUCUGCCUCUCUUGAAGAAACUAUAUGACGACAGCAUGCCUUCUGAACAGUCUAAGUCUAUAGAUCUACUGAACAAGAUGAUCUGUGACCUACAUCAUAAACACAGUCGUGUCAGUUAAAACACAAGCAACCUUUGUUUGAUCAUCCCUCCAUUUCCAAAAUUAAAACAAAUUUAGAGCUUGAUUUCCCAACACCUGUCACAGACAAACAUAGGGCGGAUGAAAAUAUGGCUGUUAUCAUUUUAUCCUGUCACACCCAUGCCAUUGUUUUCUGGCAGGCUGAGGUAGGCUGAGGACAGCGAUUGUGCGAGAUUGCGUGCGAGGUGUGCCACUCUGAAUCUGAUUAACAAAUAUGUGCUCUUUUAUGGUCAUUUUCUCCCAACUAUGCAAACACAUUUCCUCUGGCUAUUCCACUGCCCAUUCUUGCUCUACUUAUCACUUUUUGGAGAUUUGCCAACUCCCAAACCCUGUUUUGUUUGUUGGUGAAGGCAGGAUUUCACAGAAAGAGUCCUCCUGUAUUCAGAGGCAGUAGGUAAGACUCCAGUUAAAAGGGAAAAAAGGAAGAAAAAAAAAAAACAGGGGUCCUUUCUGCAGCCAGUGUGGGGAACUAAUUUGCUAUGACUGCAGUAGCCAAGCUGCUAUUGUAGUUAAUGACUGUUGUAGUUAACAGUUGGGGAAAGGGGUUGCAAUUACACUGAGAGUUUUCUGCCUCUGCUCUCCCUUUGUCUUCCUCUCCCUCUCUCUCCCUUUCCUCACUGCACUGAGUAAUAGCGACCGACUGCGUCGCUGCUGCCAAUUGCUUGAACCCCCUUUUGUUAAAGUUCAUGUAUUUCUCUAGUGCCGGGCCCAAUGAGGUGAUGUAUCCUUUUGAAUGGGGACCACAUUAGUCUCUCUCACCAGCCCCAGUUCGAGAGUAGAGGCCUUGACUCCCAUUAUGAUUUGCCUACAACUUCACACAGACAAUUAAUGAAUGGAUCUUGGAACUACUUCAGCGCACCCAGGCUGUAAUGGAAUUGUGCUGCUGUUUGGGCACUCUUUGUUGGUGGGAGCCAUAUUGGUGACCAGCUGGCCAUUAAAGACAGAGACAGGCCUGGACAUAUGUAGUGUACAUUAUAUCGAGGUAUUUACUGAAUAAUUUACUGAAUACACAAUGUGCACCCUCCUCGCAGCAGCUGCAAGCCUCACCCAUCAUCUUGUCUCAGAUUCUCUCUCUCUCUCCCACACACACGCACACACACACACGCUGCAGCCACAGCCUCCUUCUGAUUCAUGCCUGGCCAAAGUCAUUGACUUCAUUAUUCUUGGCUUCAUAUCUGUGAUAACUGGGAAAACAGAGUGAUUCAUUUUUUUUUGCUAAGCAUCUGAAAAGUACUCAAAAGUAAACUUUGCAGAGAGACUUGAAAAGAGUUGAACUGUUUGGCUGAAGUGGCUGAAAAAAGCAGUCCCAGUGCUGCUAAUUCAGUCAUUCAGGAGGUGCAGCAUUACAGGCUGGCAGACUGACCCUCACAUCUGGAUAAGCUGUUCUGUGGUGUGGUGGAAUCAAAGACUAAUAUGGCAGCUCUCUGCUUAGCGCGCACACCCUGUCAUAGUAACACCUUUUUAAGCAGGGAUGGCUGCGGUAUUUUAGUUUUAUAGCCAUCAUCAGAAAGGCUGGUCCCACUCUGGAUCACAAACCAAGUAACAAACUUCAACUGUUUGCACAAUGGUCCUUUUCGCCAACCACCAAUCCUGCUCAAACUCGUAUCCCGAAGGACUCUGCAAGCAUGAAAAGAUCAAACGUUUCAGCACCCCACCUAUAUUGAUAUAACCCCACCCAUUUAAACACAGGUGUCACUACAAGAUAUUAGCUUUCUUUGAAAGAUCAAAUAUUUUGUCUGUGCUGGUUUUUCAAAAGAAACACAGCCUCCAAGCAGGGCUCCGUCUUUUGUCCUGGCCUGGGUUAAUAUGAGAGGAGGCUUCUUUACAUCCCGUCCAGCCGGCUGCAGCUCAGGCUUUUAACCAUUGGCCUGACAACCUCAGCAGCGGACCGCCACAAUAUCUGUUGAUGUUAAUCCUAUUAGGCUUGAUUUAACACUUUACACGCCCAUGAUUUAUAUGAAUGUUUAUUGGUUUUCUGUAAUAUAAUCAGCUCAGGGAAACUUAAUGCAUUGUUUGGUAAUACACGCGUGACUGGAAGCAGGGGGCAACAAACUGCGCCCGGUGUUAUUUGAAAUCAUACACCCUCGUCCAACACCAACACUUGAACUAAUUCAAUCUUCAAAGUCAAUGGAAAAAGAACAAUAUUUAUUAGGAUUAGGGGGGACAUUUUGUCUGGCAGCCUCCUCCCAAAUGAGAGCCUUGUUUUUUCCUUUGUUGAUCGUUUGAGGAUUUAAGAUGCAUUAGAAGGCAGUGUCUGGGUGGAUAAUGGAAGGUUAGAGACUGUUAUUUGAUUUAAGUUCAGGCACUAGAGAUUAAUAUCUCCAUCCUAUGUGCCCUCCCUUCCCACCCUCUACCCCCAGCGCCUCGGACCAAAAAGGGGCGACUUAAGUUACCGGGUAUUAGCUUUGAUUACAAUUCUUAGAGGACGGCUUUGAUCAGUGACACAAGUUGAGUCUCAUCAGUUCUGUCAUUAUCUCUUGAGAGAAAAUGUUCAGUUUUGUGGCACAAAAACAACCUUAUCCCACCAUCUUUCUUGUCUCGAUGUUGUUUAUUUCAAGUGUGCUGAAUUGACUGUGUGUCAUUCUGCAUGUUUCCACAGUCAGCCAGCUGCAGCAGACCCUGGUCUCUGUUCAGGAGCUCCUCAUCCAGCAGCAGCAGAAAAUCCAGGAGCUGUCUCAGGAACUAGCAGCAGCAGAGGUAGAUUUCUCACCUUUUAUUAGCCAGCACAACCCACAACCUGUUCUCCUUUUUCUCAUUUAAGGGGGGGCACCGGUCUGUUGUGACCCAACACUUCUCCUGCAACUGUCCCCCCAUGUAUGUGCCUGUCUUCUGUAUGUUUCUUGGAAGGGAUGAACCAUAAAUUGGGAAUUUCCUCAUGUGGGACCAAUAAAGGAGUAUCUUAUCUUAUCUUAGUUUGACUUUGCUGAAAAAAUAUCAAAUUUACUUUUGUUGGGUUUACUUGUCCUCUUUAGAGUUUAGCAGCUGUUUUUACAGUUGAUGAUUUGACGUGGAAACUAGCAUGUCAUGGGGUUGGAGAUGCUCUCAAAAGGUAAUCGGUUUGUUUGAAAAAACUAAGAGUGUCUCCCUUAGCCAUUUCAGGUAAUGACGUACCUGCGUCAGGACAUCUUACGGCAAACUGACAUCAAUGAGAAAAGCAACUUAACCAAGCUGGCAAUAAGUGUUUUUUACUGUAGCAUAAACAUCAGCGCUACAGGCUUCCGCUUUCUGAGGUCCUCUGUGCAUGAUUAAAGUUUUUGAGGGGAGAUAGGCAGGCAGUAACUCUGAAAUUGCAGAAGAGAACAUUAAACAUGAAGUUGCAGGUCAAAAUGUCUAGAUUGAUGAAGAGAGGAAAGAGGUUUCUCGAGGCCUCUCUGUACUAAAAUCUCACGCGUUUCCCUGAGUCAUAACUACCUAAGACGGACAGUCUUAUGAUACUGUAUAUCAUCUGAACACAAGCUGCUAAAAAGUAUGGUGCAUCUCAUCACGGGACCAUAAUCUUUAACCAUAUUGUCGUUUCUCUUCGUCUUGAUUUUUAUAGACAGUGUUCAUAAUGGACUCAGAAUUGUAAGUGUUUAGGUGAAUCGGACUGAAUCAUUGUUCUAAAAACUUAUGUGCAGAGAUGAAAUGUUGCUUGCCUUUUAUAAUACCGCUCAUAAAUUGCUUUAUGAUCUCAGGGCUCUAAAAAAGUGCCUUGGAAGAGACAAUCUGAGACAAUGUUUUAUGUCCACAGCUUGUUAAGCACAUGGUUUCACUGUAGCAUCUGGAUAUCGCAGGAAAACAUAUGUGGACACAUCUGCUUCAGCACAAAGAGGAAGAAAAAUGUGAAUCUCUUACUUGGAAGAGCUUCAUCAAAAACUGAAGGCUCAUAUCGCUCAGUUUGUGGGGUUUCAAGUUCUCUGCUGCACAGUCUCUCUGGUCGCUGGAGAAAGGAACAGUGGCCUAAUUCUGCAUGUGGGAGCGAUGAUCUCAUAUGACCCCACAUUUGUCAAAAAACUAAACUUUCAGAAGAGUCCUGUUGUGUUUAGUGUAAGCCCACUUUAAACAAUGAGUUUCCUUCACAAUUAAAGGACAAGGAGAGUUUUUCUCUUCUCAUUCGUCAUCUCUAAAUCCCAGAUUGGAUUAAAAAGUGUCUACUUCAUUUGCUAUGAGUGCCUUGUUGGACAGAGGUAGUGUAUAAAAAAUAUAAUUCACAUCAAAACACCCAUUAAACAAAUCAUAAACUCUGCUUUAUAGCUAUGGUGUUGAUCUUAAAUUUUCCCUUGGAGUCGGCACAAGGCCCUCUGUUGUCCCAGGCCAUGAGGGAAAUUGGGAAAUUGUUUUCAGGUCGGAGAUGUUUGAUGAGAAACACAUGUUGGAGCUGGUGAGCUACUUAUCAUUCACCGUUUGCAGCUUUCAAGGUUUGCAUCACCACGCCACUCAAAGUGCGCCACGCUUAGCAAUUAUACCUCUCAACACGGAAAUGUGCCUUUAACCCGAAACACAUGGAGACUUCUGUUUCCUCAGCUGCUAAGUAAACAUUUCUCGUAGUUUGGAAACCGCUCAAUUGCGGAGUGCGUUUUGCUGUCCCAAAACUGGGGACCUCAUUAUGGAAGUGAGUUUAAACAGACUGACUCAUGUCCUCACACACACACAGACACACACACACACACACACACACACACACACAAGCUGAUGCUGCACUUUUCUAUACUUCAGAGCCUGAGACAGUUCCCUUUUUAUUCACUAUUCUCUCAGAUAUCAUGGCUCUUUAGAGACAUGUUGCUGUAUUCUACCACUGCUGUUCAGAAUGGAUUUGCCUGAGGGUGAUUAAUCCCAAAUGUUAAACAGCCAAGUCUAUUUCUGCCUUAUUAUCAUUACAAAUCUGCCUGUUAACUGUGUUUACCCUGCUGUCUCAACUCACUGAUCGUUCUCUUUAUUAGUGGAUACUACAUUGAAGAUUAGAAACCGCCUCCUCGCUCGUGUGAGAUGAACUGCCAGUGGGAAAGUGCAUAAAUAGAGUGAAAUCAAUUGCACUGUACCAGUGUUUCCACUCAAAAACCCUCCUCUGGGGACUUCCUUUUGAAACUAAUUCCAUCAUAAAUAUACAUGCGUUACAAGAGAACACACUGUCUGCCAGCGGAGUAACUGUGAAUUAAUUUGCCUUCAGACACUCUUAAACAAGGCUUGUUAAAGAUCUUAUCUUGUUGCUAAUGGUCCACAGGCAUUUAUCUUCAUUUAGCCAGAUGCAUUGCCGUCCUUGGGUGCUGCUAGAGUUGAUAGUCUUUUUUUUUUCUUUGCUUGUAUAUUUUUCUUUUUUUUUCUGAAAGCACUUAGUUAACCAGCAGAAAGAGGCCAACUCCUUUCGCACCCAGGCACCCACCCGAGACAUAUUAGUUAUACGGCUUUUAAAUCUGCUCCACAACAGCCGACAUCCCUCUCAGAUGUUGGGAUGCAAGUGUUAUCUCGAUUUUGGUUUGUUGGUUUUAUUUGCUUGUUGGUUGAUCAUGCAUGAUCCCUUAUGCAACAUGCAGUGCUGAGUGGGGAGUAAUGUUCUCUGCCCUUUGGGCCACAUAGAGCCCUUAGAGCCCUGCACCUUUACACAUGGAAGUAUGAUGGAGGUCAAAGACUGGAGAUAAAGAAUAGAGACAUAUACUCACAAUUACCUAUGAUCCAUUUUUGCAAAUGUUGUAUUAUUUUAGUAAAUUGCAGUAUGUGACAAAUAGUUUAAACAAGUGACACAACAGUACUUGAGAAUAAAUGUUCAAGCAUAUUGACAUGCAGUGAUUCAGCAAUUGGAAAAUGGCAAAUUCACAAAUGAAAUUAGUUGACUGUGUUUAAAUUGUCUACAAGAAAAUGUACAUGCAUUUCGCUCAUACAUACUAACCUCCAUGUACUGUCAAAGCUCAUGUGAGGAAUUCCACUUGACGUUGGAACGUUCCACUUGGGUGGCAACCAUCUUAAAAAAUGGCCAUCAUCCUGAAAUUUCAAAUGGCCGGGUCACUUUUCUAGUUAAGUGACCCAUGGAGAAUGUUCAUGCCAAUUUUCAUGCUUGUAUCACCAACUGAGCAAUUCUGGCUAAAACUUGGCCGCUGCACUGAGCUGACUUUUUUAUACGUGACAAAUGAAACUACAGACAAUUGAAUUUCCCUUGGGGAUAAAAAAAGUUAUUCUUAUUCCUAUUCUUAAUGGAUAUAAACCAAUGAAGAGGUUUAUUUAUAUGACAGAAAGAAAAAAUUAUAUGCAUUAUGUUUUACCAAAUUUAAAUAUCUUAUUUAUAAGCUUCAGAUAAAAGAAAAGAGCAGAAAAAAAAAACAUAUUGGAGGAACAACAGUCUGACUGUACUCUCUUCUGUCAUGCUAUAUCACAAGGGGACCACUGAUAUCUCCAUGGUGAUCUUGCUUUUGCACUUAAAGGUGCUAAAUCAUUGCUAAUGUUAAAUAUUUUAAACAGCGGUUGUUAAAACAUCACAUCUUAGCUCAUUUAUACUUUCUAUUAAAAAUGUGUCAGCACUCUAAAAGGUGCUUUUAAAUUGAGUCAGCCUUGUUUCUUUCACUCUCACCAGUCACUGAUACCCCUUCACUCAGCUUAGACCUAAGAUGUUAGUGCACUUACACAUUGUGGGUGUACAAUUCAGCACUGGCAACAUUUAAUUAGGUUUCUUCAGAGCCAAUAAGACAUAUGUCAAUGCUGGUGUUGUGUGACAAGUCUUCAUGUGAGAUAUUAUUUGGCACUGCUUUGUGGAUAAUGCCCAUUUAGCAUAUAGUUGUAGAAAGCAGUUAACAAUUCUAUGCUAAAGGCUUUUUUUUUCUUAUGUUGAGGAGAGGAGCCUUUACAAUGCAAUCAUUUGGAGCAAUUUGUUUUUUUGUUCAGUUGAUUUUGUAGCUCUGAGUUCUUUUAGCUUAGCCCAUACAGCAAUUAAUUUUUUUGGAUGUAAAAUGAGAGAGAAGGAGAAUCCAGCCUUAUUAUACUAAUGCCUUUGGGAGGGGAGGGAUUAAGAUGGUUCUAAUGAGGUGACUGCUGUAAUAAGAGUGUCUUCAGCCAGCCUCCAAUGCACCACCACUAAAACACUCCUUAUCAGUGAGGUUUAGGAGUCGAUAAGAGCUAUAUAAAAAAAAAAAAAAAAAAAAAAAGACGCCUUCCCUACUCGCCUCCUUCUCGGUCUCUGUUCACUUCUUCUCCUCUGCCUCCCUCCUUCCACUGUAAAUGAGUCUGAUCCCUUUCAGAUGUGAUUCAAUUAAUUUCUCUUAGAUUUAAUUACAAGCAAAAGAGUCCAAGUUAUCCCUCUCCCCUCAAUAGGGGGUCCACGCUUCCUAACAAGCUUCCUCUGGUGAGUCAGUAGAGUCUUAAUUACAGUUUUUACUUUUCUUUAAUCCCACUUUUUCCCCUUGUCUUUUCCCUCCAAUCCCUAUGGUCUCAACAGUCUAGCUUUCUUUUCUUGCACUUGUUUGUGCUUGUUAUAUAGAGAUGGACUGUGAAUUGAUGGUUAGGUACAUCAGUGGUUUCCUGCUUUUUGGCUUGAGGCCCUCUGUAAAUAAAAAAGAAUUCUCAUGAUGCCUUGCUGCAGGUUGCAUAUGUCUUAGUCAAAGACAGUCAUCAACUACUCAGCCUCAGUUAUUGUAACAUGAUGAGCAUGGUAAGAAGUAAAAUAAGGCAAAAUACUGCAUUAUUCUUCAACCUAUAUGUCUGUUUGUACUUGGUGUUACAACAUCCAGGCCAGAUUUAUGAAAUCAGAGCUGCUCACUGAUCAUCACUUGGUUGUCUGCUGGAUCUGAUAUAAGUUUAUGAAACAGAGCUACUGAAUCUAACUUGUAGAAACAGUUAAGUUGUAUAAAAACAUAAAGAUGAGACCCUUGCCUAUGGAGACUUUCAACUCAAACCUUGACAGAAAUGUCUCAUAGUUUGAGGACGUGGUAUCUUAGUUGGUCGGUGUCAGGCAAGGAAAAUAUCAGCCUUUGAAGUGUUAAAAGAUGGUGGGGUUAGAAUCACCAAGUAUAGAAGGAUUUUGGAAACAUGGGGUACAAAGACUUAAAGUUGGCAGAUAAAGAAGAGCUGUUUGUUGCUUAGGUUUUAUUCAGCACAGAAAAGAACUGCUGACUCACACAGGGGACAAUGUUGACUUGUGGUAAAAGCACUUUCUGGAAGUCCUGAACCUAACAAACAUGGCCUGUCUGGUAAAUGUAGAGUCAGGGUUUGAUGAAAAACUGUCCCAUCCAAGGCUGAAAGUCCAAAAGCCCAACAAGUCCAAAGUAGGGCUUACGCAUUAACCUUGAGGUACUUUGUUGAGAUGUCUUAGCCAGUACAGAGGUAACACCACACUAAAGGACUCCAUUAAGGUUUGCAUUGAAAAAAUAGAUGUUCAGCAAUGCUCUCCAGUCACCAUUCAAUCAAAAUAUACAACCUUUCCGGAAAACUCUCCCAGGCAGGGUUGUUGGAUAUGAUGGAGUCUUCCUACCCACUGUUUUAUUUAUUUACCCAUUGAUUUAUUGAUUGAUUUAUUCAUUUAUGUGGGGGUGGGGGGUGGUCUUAACUGUGUCACCUGAACAUCUUGUACCACUGAUGGAGGCCACCCAAUCCUUGGAAAACCAAAAUGAGAGCUUGAAUACACUAAGACAGUUGUUGGAAAUGGGGAAUUACUCCAUUCCAGUUGGGGUGAGUUAUUGCUCCAAGACCAGGAGGUCAGGGGUAAAAUACAGUGCAGGGACUGACAGGCAGAUUACCGCAGCAUCAGCAGUAAUGAAGGCAUUGCAAGUAGUGAACAGAGCUGAGACAAACCAUGAUUAAAUUUACCUGACAGUCUAAGUUCCAACCUUCCCCUAUGGUUAUGAGAUUUGGUGAGGAACACAAAAAUGGGAUCUAACAUACAAAGACUUAGAUUUCCGUUGGGAGUUUUGAGUAGAGCCACUUCUCCUGAGCAUCAAAAAGAGACAGCUAAGGGGGUUUGGGCAUCUGAUUGUGAUGCCUCCUGGGUUUCUCCCUUGAGGGGUUUUCCAAGCUCAUCCAGAAGCAUGGUGGUUGUGGAUUAUAUCCAGAAUUUGCUGAAGGAAUUACACAUCUUAUCUGGCCUGGGAAUGCUUAGGAAGCCCAAGAGGGAUGGAGAUGUUUGGGAUAGGAAUGUGCCGAGUAUCUCGAUCAGUCUUCUGUCAAUGAGACCUCACUUCAUUCACGUCAAGAACAUGUAAAUGGUCUUUUAACUUUGGGUUCUUACCCAUUGUGUAAAACUGGAAAGUAUAAUUUAAGUAGGCCUAUGUAGCAGGUCUGUCUAUGUAUGAAAAAGUAAGAGACGGCAUCAAAUACUUUUAUUUCAUGUAUAUUGUAUUCUGUUAAGUAUACAAGAAGGUAUUUUCUAAAUGAGUUUCUAAAUGAAUUGAUCAGUCAAGCACGGUGUUAUUCAUGACACUCAAAGCAAGCAGCCAGUGCAGCUACAAUGUUUAGCCAUGUGUGAGAGAGCUAAAGCCACAGCUGCUUUGAUGUCUUCCAAAGUCAGGCAAGAACCGUCGCAUGCAACUGAAUGCAAACAUCUUUGCAAAACGGUCCCUACACCUGUACAUCGCAACUUAUGGGGCAUCUCUGCGCUGAAUGCUCUAGGAUUGUUACCCGCAAUCAAAUAACUUCAAAAGAAAAUCUACAGUAAGUGUCACAUAGUUAUGAAGUGAGAAAAGACACUGUAUUGUCUGCAUAAAGAAAGUGAAAGUUAAUGGCUAUGCUCUUCUGCAGUUCCAAGGUUGGACAAAAAUUCCCAGUGCAUUUUGGUCGUCUUUUAUAAGGAUUAUAUAGUAAAUAUGAGGAGAAGUAACUUAAUUAUAAUACUGCUUUAUAAGGUAGCUGUGGCUCAGUGAUAGUCUUGUCCCACUCUGGAGGUUGGCAGUUUGAUCUCAGCCUCCACAGUCAACUUUUGAGGUGUCUUUGGUAGGGGUUUGCCAACUAAUCAGCUCGUGGGUUUGCUAGACAACAGUCAACUAUCAGAGUCAGAAUGGCUGGGAUCUGGCCUUGACUCUGCAAUGUGGCUAAAGGCUCCAGCUUGACAAGCUCGACAUUUAUCCAUAAGGAAGUUCCUCAGUGAUGAUGACACUGUCUAGAAUAAAACGGUGGUUGUACAUGUCUGUAGUACAACAAGAACACAUCUGCCUUGUGUCGCAAUGUCAAGAUGAAACACUCGCUGCUGACAGCUAGCACUAACAAGCAACUUUAAACGCUUGGACUGUUAUAGGAGCAAUUUUCAUCACUAAGUAGAAUCACUAUUUCAGAAACUAGUUAACUACUAAAAACUAGUAAAACAUAAAACUGGAUAAAAAUGUUACUAUCAAUUAUAGUAAUAAUAAUCAGAGAGGCACCAGGAGUAACAUCUCUUUAGGAUGACCUGCAGAGACAUGUACUGAGCUAAUAACUGCAGGAAAAAUGCCUGACAGUAAUACACACCGAGAAUAUCCACUUAUCAACAUGUGGGAGUAAAAUUUAUAAUCAGAGUUUGGCUUUUAAAAUUGUUUGUUUACCAAAACAACUGCUGCUUUUGACUAUGAACCAAGUUUUCUUUGAGAAAUCUCCCUAAAAAGUAAAGAAAACCCUUUGGAUUUAAGAGAAGAUACAUAAAGGAACUGUGUAACUCUGUUCAUCAUUUCACAAGCUCUGAUUUAUUUUAAAGUUCUUGGUUGUCUAAAUUCCCAUGCUGGGGCUUCCCCAUAUGUGCUGCUAUAAGAUUUUUAUUAAUGUUUUGUAGUUGCUUUGCAGUUUAAUGAUGAACUUUUACCAUCAGAUGUGUUUUGUCUGUAGGCCUUUAAACUUUCUGUUUUACAGCUCCCUCUGUCAAAGUCCUGCCUAUCCCUAAAAACGUGCUGUGUGGACAGAUUUUUGGCAGCAAUUUGCCAUUCAAAUACUCUGUAGCAUUUCAUGCCACACCGGUUUGUGCGAUAACAUGCCUUUGAUAAAAGACAAAAAGAACAAUACAAACUGCUAAGCUAUGGUCUGCCUUCAUGAAUGUGGCCUUUGUUCAAGACAAAGUCAUUAUCCAAAACACUGGACACUGGCCUAAUCUUUUCUAGAUAGUAUGGAAAAUUAUGUAAAAACAGCAUGAUUCACACUGACUGGACUUUGCACUCAGAAAGGACAGAAAACUGGGUAGAGCUAGAUUGUUUGUCCUUCUUGCUCUCAUCACCAGCAGUUGGCAGUUUUGAGGUUGUUAUGGUGAUGGAUGACCUGACUACACAAAAACAUGUGGCUUUCAGCAUUUGCAUUUGCUAUAUUUGUUUACCUUGUAGCUCAUGUCCAUUUUUAACAAAGCUUUUUUUUUUCUUUUGUGCUGUUGAGACUCCGCACGGAGGAGUUGCUGAAAGGCCUGUAUUGACUUUGUGUUCCAACCGGGCAUGUGACCUGAACUAUGUUAGUGUGUUUGUCAGUGACAGUUGUGUGUUUGUCUCACUUGUGUGUUUCCUACAGACAUCAUCUUCAACCAACCGAGUUCUGGACAGUCAAACAGUCGGAGAGCUGAAGGCUGAAAUCGUCUCUUUGAAGGGCUUACUGCUCAGCAGGUAACAAAGCCCCCAGACCCCACUAACAUUAAACAGUUCAGUUGUGUGUGUAUGCAUGUGUGUGUGUUUAAGGGCAGAUGCCUAACUGUUUUCCUGCACUGUUUAGUUCCUGGAUUUAGUCCAUUGGAACAAUGUGACAGUGUUUUAAAGGAAUAACUCACUGUUCACAUGAUUAGCAAUUUCCAUCGACACACUGUGAGCUAACAUGUAUUCAAAAUGUGUUUUUAGCCACUUUUUACUUACACCUGUCACUGCACAGAUCAUUUUUCUCCUGAAGCUCUUACUCAGGAACUUAUCAGACAGAUUUUAAAAGAAGCAAAUCGGCAGGUUAAGAGGAUAAGAUCAAUCUCAUGAGGAAAUGUGUCACCAGAAUAAGCAAAGCGUUCAGUGCACCGCUCCCUGGAUGAAUCUUAAUUUGGAAUGUGAAAGAAAAUGAUUCAAAAUACAAUGAUUUAAGAAACUAGAACUCUGGAGGAGCUCACCUAAUUUUUUCAAAGCUUUCAGCUGCAUCCCAUGAUCCUACUCAGAGACUUUAGCGUAGUAUUUUUAUUUAUUUAUGUAUGUGUUUGUGUGUGUGUGUGUGUGUGUGUGUGUGUGUGUGUGUGUGUGUGUGUGUGUGUGUGUGUGUGUGUGUGUGUGUGUGUGUAUGUAUGUAUGUAUGUAUGUAUGUAUGUAUGUAUGUAUGUAUGUAUGUAUGUGUGUGUAUGUAUGUAUGUAUGUAUGUACGUGUUGCUAUUCCAUCGUGUUGACACCAAAUACUAAAUAUAACAGUGCAUUACACAGCAGCUGGAAAGUCUUAGAGAGAUAUUCCAGUAUAAAAUUAAUUUAUGGUCAAACACACCGUAACACUGAGUUAGACACCCCCUUGAAAGAUAAAUGUUGCAGACUGCUUGCUGCUCUGGUUAUACCAACUUUAGUAAUGAUAGCAUGAUAGCAUGAUAGCAAUACACAGCAGUCUAAGGAGCCACAUGCUCAACCAAAACGCCACUCUAUAGCCACAAAUAAUGCUCAGAACAGCACCUAACUUCAUCAACAGUACAUAUAGGGUCCCAGCCAUCAAACACCUUAUUUCCUUUGCCUUAUUUCUUUAGCAAAGAGACCAGCUUUAGCUUUUUGGUUGGGGUUUGCACAUGGAGGAUGUAGACCGCUGUGUAUUGCUUCUGUGCGGUCGUUGCUAAAGUUGGUAUAACUAGAGAAGCAAGCAGUUGGCAUUAUUCAUCUCUAGAGGGGGUGUCUAACUCGGUGCUACAGUGUGUUUGAACUUAACUGAAAUUUACACUGGACUAUCUCUUUAAAGUUUUGAUUUUUAAAGGCAUUUGAUGUGCCACUGUGACACAGCCAAUCCUCAAAUGAGCCCUUUGAGAGAGGUGCUGAAUGGAGACACCGCUGCAGUUUGCUCUUUGGUGAAAGUGUCUGGUGUAAAGACGCAGUUGUAAUAACUAAAAUUUAAUCCUGGACUGAUGUUCAUUUUAAAUCCCACCUUAAACAACACAGAUCACUUACAGUCUCUUAAACUUUUAUAUUUUUUUUAAUCAAAGGAAUGACUAUAAAAAAUAAAGAGGAUACUAUCAAUCACAUGUCGAUGCUUUCGGCCUUUUGGAAAUCUUAAUAAAAUUUAACCUUUUUUGUAUCUGUUUCUGAAGAUAUUUAGGAUACGCCCUGAUAUCCCCUGAGUCUUCCCAACUUUAUUUCUCAAUCCAGUCAGGCACAGCCCAGCUCAGCCGGCCACAUUAGUAUGCAUGAUUGUGUAUCAGUGUCUAUAAUGAAGCCUCAAGUAAGAGUGUACAUCAGAAAACCAGCGAGGACCAAAAUUGCCUCAGAACUGUCUGGUUGAGCAUGUUUUUUGUUCGUCUGGUACAUUCUAAUCAGUAAUAAUCCCUUUGUCAUUUGCUUUCUUGACUUCCUCCUGACUCUCAAAAUGAGUUUUUGGGGGAAGGCUUGAAUCAUAAAAUAAAAGCUCUCUAUCACCAUCUGUCUCUAAACGUGUUCCCUUCCUGUUCAAAUGAUCCAAAUCAUCUCCAAACUGUUUUUUUUAAACCACCAAGAUGUGGUUAUCACAUUAGGAUUCAGCAAUGUCUUUUUGAUCUUAAAAGCUGCAGUGGGUGUAAUUAAAAAAAAAUCUUGGAGCUUCUUUUCCAGGUGUGAUGAACAUCUGGCUGUUUGAGGGGAAAUGCCAUUUUCUCUUCAGUAAUUAUCAGAAAUACUUCCAGUCCUUUGUGUGUGUGUGUCUGCACGUUAGAAUAUAAACCACUAUUGAGAGUAUGUUCUCACCCACUGUGGGAAGCUGUGUGUCAAUUUUUUGGUCUCAUUUUACCCACUCAUAGUUGCUCACACCGUGGGAACACUUCAUACUCAUAUUCAGAUCACAGUGAGAUUUCUAUGAAGAUUUCAUCAGGCCUCUUUUUCUUCUUGUCUCUUGUCUGCUCAACCCCACCCUGACCCUACAGGAAACAAUUCCCUUCCACUCCCACUGUUCCCAAGAUCCCCUCAUGGCAGAUUCCCCUUAAGCCACCUUCUGCAUCUACCUCCCCAUCUGUCAACCUCACCAACAGCAGCAGCGACAUCUCUCCUGUCAGCAACGAGUCCGCCAACUCUUCCCCCGUUAAAGACAGUCAACAAAGCCCCCAGGAUGCACUGGGUGGGCCGGUUGGGGCUCAUGGUAUCAAUGGCGAAGCAGGCUCUGAGGAUCUAAGUGCAUCUCUGCCUCUGGACUUGAAGGACCAGGUCCGCAUGGAGGUGCAGGGGGAGGAGGAGCAAAAGGAAGAAGAAGAAGAAGAAGAAGAGGAGGAGGAUGUGAAUCAUGUGGAAGAGGAGGAAGAGAAGGACAGGCUGAGCAUGCAGACCGAGGACCGGCGAGGUGGGGACGGACAGAUUAACGAACAGGUGGAGAAACUGAGGCGACCCGAGGGUGCCAGCAACGAGAGCGAGGUGGAUUAGGCGACAGCACAAAAACACUCUCUAAACACAGCUUCUCCUCUCUCCUGACAGCUUUGUUUUAUUCUGCUGCUGUCUCCUCUAAAUUACUCUGUUUGUUUUUUUCUCUCUUUUUUUAUUAAUCUCCUCUGUUUGUCUCCACUUGUUCUGUAACAUGUUAAUCUUAAGCAAAAUAAGGAGCAAACAUGCAAGUGAGAUGACACAAAACUGACAAAUAUUGGAUUGUCUAGUUGACACAGCUUGAUUUACUUUUCAUCAUGCAAACUAGAUGACUGCAUACCCAGCCAAUUACCAUGUUGUCGCAUUUCUUUGGAAGGAGCCAUGAUGAGCAAUAGUCAAAUCAGACUGACUUUUAAAGGCUUAUGCAGUAUUAAAUGUGUGUAGCUCUUCACUUUUUAAUUUUCAUGAAUUGAUCAGAUACUUCACAGCUUCGCCUCAGUGUACUGUGGCUUCACUCAGACUUGGAUACAGACCAGAAAAGCAGCCCUGCACAGACUCUCUCUCUCCUGUAUAGUGCAGCUGUAGGUCAGGAGUCAUAUGUUGCCACUUCAGCCUCAAAGUUACUGUGAGCUUCCAGAAGAGCAUUAGCAGAGUUUGUCUCCCCGUUGAUGGCAAUAGGAGAGGACAAGCUCUUCCAGGGCCGGAGCUUUUAGCCUCUUUUAUGUGUCCUUUCGCAUUGGUGUCAGUCUGUCAAUAAUUCACAAGGCCAGCAGGGUGGCAUUUGGGUGAAAUAAAAGCCCUGAAAUUCGAGAUUAGAAUGUGAUGACGGGCUUUGUUCCACUCUGGUGUCAGAGUGCUCAUAUGCUCAAAGGAGGGGAAGAUAAAUGUUUUUCCCCCUGCUUUCCCUUUUCACUGAGGGCUGAAUUGUGCAUCCCUGCGCGCGUGUUUGUUUGUGGCAGGCGUGAAAAACUCCAGACUGUCUGCUGAGCUGUAUCUGUGUCUCCAGCAGGGCAGCUGAUUUGGUUUGUGAAGUAUGUUAAUAAUCAAAUGAUCAACAAAUAACAGAUGUAUUAGUUCAUGCAGCUUGAAAUGUCAAGGAGGCUAAAAGCGGAAAUCUAAUACAGAAAGCCCAGUUGCAUUGUAUUAUUUUCUGUGACAAACCCUGCGGUCCAAAUUAUGUAGGGCCUCCCACAGUGAGUAAUCUUUACAGAAAACGGCGACAAUAUUUUGUAAUUAAGCUGCAGUGAGACGUCGAGGGCUGGCAUGGAUGGAAGUUGCAGAACUCGUAUCUUUUCUCUCUCUCUCUCUCCCUCUCUCUCUCUCUCUCUCUCUCUCUCUCUCUCUCUCUCUCUCUCUCUCUCUCUCUCUCUCUCUCUCUCUCUCUCUCUCUCUUUCAUUGUGGAGGUGGUUUGGGGGAAGUAGAAAAAAUGCCCCGUGAUUGAAAAGGAAAGUAAUAAAUGAAUACUUGACUUAUUGAAUUACUCACUCUGUCUCCAGUUAACAAGAAGAGUCCACGAGUGAGAAGAAGGGAUAUCAGCUCUCGAGUCGUUUCCACCUCCGUCACAUGGCCUUCAUAGGAACAAAAAAAGGUAGAGAGGAAAAGUACAUUUCUGUGUGACACUUGUCCAAAAAAUGAACUUUCUCUCCUUUUUUUUUUUUUUGAUUGAGUUUUGUUGAAAAUUGUUGAAUGAUGAGACAACAAUGCAGUAUGUAGAGAGACAGAUCAUUUUAAGAGGGGUCACUGAUUGGCCCUUGAUGUAGACUGCUGAUACAGUCUGAAUUGUAAGUGUACAUAUGUGUAAUAAAUUUGGUUUAUCUCAAGCUGGUGUGGAUCCAUCUUAAUUUUUACUGAGUUUUUUUUUUUUUAAACAACUAAACUAAACAACAAAAAAUUUUGAUUCUACAUGACUUUAACCUGUGGGGCAGAAAUCAGGGUGUAAUACAACAAAAAACAAAACACAGACAUAUCAGAGAAUACACAAAUCACAGUACUUUACUUUUAAAAUUGUCACACAUUGAGUAGCUUUAGGAAUGUGCAUUUGAAAACAUGUUCAGUAUUUCUGAAUAUCAAUUGACCCAAAUCCCAAAGCCUGUGAAUCAUAAAAGCAUUUGUAGGUCAGAGCAGUGAGUGUGUGACUGCUGAGCUCCUGUUUUUUUGGCUUGGAUGAUGUCAGCAGCAGUGCUCUCUGUAUCUGUGUGGGAUGAAGGUCCCACAGUACUUUUGAGUCAACUUUACACAGCAUGGUGAAGUAACCAAAACUAAAUUUACAGAAAGCAUGACAGGGCAGGGACUUUCAGCCUGUUUUCAGUUUUCUGGAUGAAAAUGAGCGAGUGACGCAGUUCCACACUGUACCUCUUAAGUUUUUAUUUGUUCCUGUGGGUAGAUUGCACUUGUGUGUCUUGGUUUCUGUAGUAUGACUCAAAUGGGGUUUCCUUUUCCACCCAGAUAAUAUCUUCAGAGAUUUUUGAAAAUGAUUUAUCCUCAACUGCUUUUUGCUCAAUCCAACAGCAUAAAUAAUAAGCUUGAGAUGUGUGAACAGAAAGAGGAGAAGGAUGGUGCGCAGUAACAACAGCAGAGACUAAACACAGUUAUCUUGUGUCACCGUGGUGGAUGCACUGGAGAAAAAGGGACAUGGACCAUUUACGGGCAGCUGUGGCUCAGUUGUAUGGUUUGCUAUCUCCUACUCUGAAGGUUUGCAGUUUAAUCCCGCAUUCUGUCGAGUCCUUGGGCGAGACUGAAUACCAGAUUGCUCCCUGUGACAUGGCCAUGGCUCCCUGUGAACACACGUGAAUGGGA